GCUGUGCAGCCAGUACUGAGAAAGGCCGUCUGAUGGCUCUCCUCUUUUAGCUCUGCUGUGGAAUCCGCCAAGCUUCACCUCUGAUGUCCAAAAUGCACCGAUCUGUGAGUGCUGCCUUUGUUGUAAGUGGGAGGGAUGUGGGGGAGUCAGCCUUGCAUUCAGCAAAGCCAAGAAAUGACUUCUUCUUCUUCUUGCCUUUCCCCUUUUGCAUUGUGUUGUCAUUUUGGGGUGCUUCGCUUUCGGCCAGCAGAUGUGUAUCUGAGAGAUGUGGGAGGGCAGAAAGGUGCUUUUUUUUUGUACAGCAGGUUAGGAUGUGACCAGGUUAGGAUGUGAACAUCCUUCAGGAGGAUAUCAGCUUCCCUCCCUCCACCUCCCCGCCGCCACAAAGGAGGGGAAGGAGAAUUUAAAACAACAACACAGAAUGUUGGGUAAUGAUGGACACUUCCCAUCCCAAAGACCGGGAGUUUGGCGCUGCCUCGAGCAGCACAAAGGCCGGGCAUGUUUAUGAGAGCACUAGUGCAUUAGCUAAGAUGACAAAAUGCUGGGUUGAGAGGCCCUCUCUUUCCCCAUCCCCCAGGCUUUCUUUAUCUCCUGAGCCCUGCUUCUUUUCUGAGUCUUUCAUAUCAUAAAUAGCUGACUUUGAAAGCGGCAGGUGGGGGGUGGAAUCCUGUAGCCAGAGCCAAGAUCUGUGAGAAAAUCCCAUCCACCAAGAACUGACAGCGAGUGGGUGAACUUGAAAUGUUGGAUACAAUGCCAACACCCCCCUCCUCGCUGCUGCCACCCUCCAUGAAGCUUCACUAUCCUACCCCCCCGCUUUGCUUAGCCCCUCCUUUUCUGUUGCAUUUUGAUAGAGAAAGAUAUCCAUGCAUGUCUGAUUCUCCCUCCCCUUCUCCUCUCCCAUUGGGCUCUCUGUUUUCCAAGCGAGCAGGAACGCCUUCUGAUUCACAGCCACUGCACGUUUCUUCUGCUAAAGCCAUUUAUAACUCCCCCGAACUAGUCACUGUGGCAUACGGGUACCUCACUCCCCAGAAGAGCUUUUAUGCUGGAGAGAGGGCGUAAGGGGCAACCCUUUCCAUCCCAAAGUGGCAGCGGAGUCGACAUUCUUUCCAGUAGCUUGGCAGCGGAAAUAUACCCUCUCGUUACUGACUGGCUGCAACUCAGCAGCAAACAGCCAGGAAGAAAAUCGCUGACCACGCUGCAACGUGUUGGUCCGUUUUCACCAGUGAAUCAGUCUGUGUGCCAGCCAUCAGUCAGGCCUCAAAGUGCUGCUUUGCAGUUUUGGGGUCAUUCAGCUAGGCUUAUGUUGCUGCUGUGCUACUGCUGUGUGUGUGUGUGUGCGCGCGCGCGCGCAAGGAAAGGAAUCUCUUCUUCAGCCCCAAAUCUUGGAGAUAUUCGAAAAAGAACAGCGAGUGGGGCCUGCAACAAAAUGUUGCAGCAAAUCCUUACCCUGCACUCCAGCAGUGAUGAUAGGAGUUGUGGUCCUACAACAUACAGAUGGCCCCACUUUGGCUCCCUCUGCUUAAGACUUUCUUGCUUGCUUUAUUUGACUACUAUUCACUAUUCCAGGUGUUCUGGUGACCAAGAAAGUGGUAUAAAACUUAAGUUUUGUUAACAUACAUACACAAAAAAUCAAAGCAUUAAGUCCCAGCCGCAUUUCACCAUGAAUGUUAUCCCCACUGGGGUGGAAUCUAGAAAUAUAUAAAAAAAGUUGUGAAAAUGCUUUUUUUAAAUAAAUGUUUUGAAAAAUAUAUUGAAUUUGCCAUAGCUCACUAUCGCCAUCUAGUGUCCCAUUUGUAUAAUUCACUUUACAACACACUUAAAAACGUUUUAUUUGACACUGUAUAGCUGAAUCCUGGAAAUGAAAGUGGGGCUGGUGGGAAAUCUUUUACCAAUCAGAGAAAUAAUAAUAAUAAUAAUAAUAAUAAUAAUAAUAAUAAUAAUUUAUUUAUACCCCGCCCAUUUGGCUGGGUUUCCCCAGCCACUCUUCCCAUUUGAAAAGUCUUUCAAAUCAUGCAGAUAAACUAAGGUGACAUAUAUGAGAUUCUCAGGCAGUCAUCCAGACCUGCUUUGUAGUUUCAGUACAGUGGCGGCAUAGUGUACCUUUUAAUUUUUUUACUAAUAGUUGCAUAACCUGACUCUUUUUGAAGUGGACUUUGAUGCCCUGCAUUCUUUGCCAGAUUGAGCAUUGUUGUAUCUUAAUAUUUUCACUAAAAGGUGUAUUGCAAGGGCAAAACAUUGGCCCUGCCUGCACCAUACAUUUAAAGCAGUAUCAUACCACUUCAAACAAUCAUUGCUUCCCUCAAAGAAUCCUGACAACUGUAAUUUGUUAAAGGUGUUGAGAGUUGUUAAGAGACCCCUCUUUCCCUUCACAGAGAUGGAGUUCUCAGAGUGGUUUAACAACCAAUCCCUCUUCACAAACAACGCAGAGAAUUGUAAUUCUGUGAAGGGAAAUAGGGGUCUCCUAACAAAUCUCAGCACUCUUUACAAUCUACAGCUCCCAGAAUUCUUGUCGGGGGUGGGGAGUACGAGAUAGGGUCCUCAUUUUUUUUUUUUAUUAUUAUACAUGCUGUAUUAUGUCUACCUGGUUUUUAUCCCAAUGUGGCUCUUGGAAGGUUGCCCAUGAGGGAAGAAGACCCUUGGGCUGUAAAAGCCCCCCUCCUGCAAUGGAGAUAAUGGUCUGACUCAACUUAUUACAUUUCUAGCAUGUGUUGCUAUUAUAUGGCUUUAUUAAAUGGCUUGAAUAACCAACCUCUGCACAGUUUAGCAAAGGAUUCUAUGGAAUGUGGCUUGGUCACUGCACAUUUUUGCAACAUACACAAUUAAAGGAGUGUAUUUCUGAAUCCACAUUGCUCUGAUUCCAGGGCUGGCCCACCCAUGAGGCAACGUGAGGUGACUGCCUCAGGCGGCAGCAUCCACCAGGGCAGCAGAUCCUGAUGUUGAUCUCUCUCUCCCCCCCCCCACUUAAUCCUGAUGUAGAUCUCCCCUCCCCCCUUCUUCCCUGGUUGGGAGGGAAAUGCCAUUUUGGAGUCCGCCUCAGGUGCCAAAAUGGCAGCCCUGUCUGAUUCCAUUCUGCCUCCAUAGCCCCUAGCUUCCCCCCUGAUUAUGUAUGGAACUCACUUGCCCACACAAAGGUGACAUACCAGUCACUAGGAACCCAGAAAAUUCUGGCCAGGUUGGAUCCAAAUCUAAUUUAAACAAUUUUGCAAAAGUGUAACAUCCCUGCCUCUCUCCACUGAAUUUCCAAAGCUACCCACCCGCCCUCUUUGCCAAGACAUUUGAUGAUGAUAAAAAACCCCAAUAUUUUCCUCACCUCGGGGGGUGGGGAUAUUUCUCAUAAGGAAAAUUUGCAUAUUAGGCUUAAACUGCGUCAGCAUCCAUUCAUCCAGUUUCAUUAUAAAAGUCUGUUGCUGUAUUAUUAGAAGCUAGGCCUGUAAUUAAAUAAGGGAUUGACAUGUGAAAUUUGGCCCUUAUCCCAGAGUUUGCUCACCCUAAAGAUGCCUUUUCCAAACUACUGCUCUCUAAAUCAGUGGUUCCCAAACUUUCCCCCCUCCGCAGAUCAUUUGAUAAUGGUUGAGGGUCUUGGAAGACCACGCAAUGCUUUUCCUGCCUGUUGCAGCAAUUGUAAUUCCAUAGGAUUCAAAUCGUGAUACAAUAAAAUAAAAUAUAAGAAGAAAAAAAAAAGAAGAAGAAGCAAAAAAAUACAAUAAAAAAAUCAAUGUGAAUAUUCAAUGUGAUGGUUGUGCCCUCUUCUAUUUUCAACCAUAAAUUCACUGACACUCAGUAGACCACCUGAAUGAAGCCUGGGGACGACUGGUGAUACAUAGACCACAAUUUGGGCACCACUGCUCCAGAUGCUGUGAACUAGAGCUGUGAACAUCCCUGACAUUUGCCCUUAAUUGCUGGAUCUGAUAGGAAUUGUGGUGCGAAAUAUGGAGCACACCAGGUUGGAGGAGGCUACACUACAGACUUCUCAUGGUUGCCAAACUACAGCGCUUCAAACUACGGAAGAAAACAGACCUAAUGUCCCUAAGGGUACUGGAACACUCUCCGAAUGAAGGCCUGGCAAUCCUAUGCUCUUUUCUUUCACAGGCCCACGGUCUUUUCAAGGCCUACUCCCUUGUUGUCAAGAGCGAAUAGCCUCUCCUGUCUGUCAGCCCUGCAUUCAGGUUCUCCACAAGCACAGUUCUUUCUUAGCACCUCCUUUCUUCAGCGGAACCCACUGCUAACUCUCUUAUUUUCUUCAUCUACCAGGACUUGCCAUGGCAUCCUUUGUGCCCGCUCAGCAGUCUUGUUCCUCCCACCAUCCCCUCCCGGCCGAAAGAUGUAGCUAGACUUGCCUUUAGGCUCCGCGUUUGACCCUGGUUCAUUUAUUCAUCACUCAUUUCCCGAAAUCAGUUGGCUUUAUGAACAGCCCGUGACAUCACAGUUGUUGGCGGAGUUAGGUAGUCAUCUACCUAACCUUUAGUGCAUUAAAAACAAAUUGAAUGUAGGUAUCGAGGGAUCUCAUGGCUAGACAAUAAGCUGACGUUGUAGCAACUCCUAAAAUUAUAGGGUAUUACAAGUGCUACCAUCUGUUUAUGCAAAAUUCUAGUUCCACAGGUGUAGCAUGCCUUAAUUGCUACUGGAUAGUUCCUAAAAGGAGCAGGAGAUGGUCCUUAUGCUUUAAAUGAUGAGAGUUGACUCUGCUGGCUGAGGUGAUGGGAGUUGUAGUCCAAAGUAUCCGGAAUGGACCAGGUUCAAGAAGGCUGAGUUACCAGGGAUGGUGGAUAGAGGAGAAAUUAGGUUCAGUUCACAUUUAAAGGCAAAUGUACUUAAUUCAUACAAUAUGCCGACUGAAUCGCAACCAUCCUUCAGAAUUCGCACUUCUCCAAUUUUUACAAUGCAGUUCUUCAGCCACAUAAUGUGUACAAAAAUGCAUAUAUCAAGGAAGAUAACUUAAUAUGCAUUGUAUUAACAGAGAUUGCUUUUCAAAAUUGCAUACAAAACUGUGAACAAUAGGAGAACUUAACACAAAUAUGCUGGUGAAUUUUCAUGAGAACUUUAAACAAAAAUGCAAACUGAUGUGGAAACAUGGAGAACUGACCUUCAGGAAGGGAAAAAUGAGAAACUGAGAGACACCAGUGCUGGCAUACUUACCCAUCCCUGUGUGUUACACCCUAAAAUGAAGGCUGGCUCAGUCCCUGAAGAGAGAUGGGAAGGAGCAGAACAGAAGAAAAUUGCACUCAAUAUAUCUGGCGCAGAAUCUGCCAGGCCAGAUUACAAAACUUGAUAUUCACAGGAGGAUACCUAGGGUCUGAUAACCCUGUCAAAAUGUGAACACUAACUUCAGACUUGAUAUUUAACACCUAAAUUGAAUUUGUAACUUGGGAAAUUUUGUUUUACCAUGGACUUUUUGGGGGGCUGGGAAAUAUUUGGGGAGGGGAAAUGUUUUCAACUGAGUGCCAAAAUAUACACAAGCUCACAGAUACCAGCUAUUACUGCUCUAACCCUCAACCCAUUUUGCAGAGAAAAAUAGUGCUUGAAAAGCCACACCACCUGCUUAAUACAGAUUCUUCUUUUGUCCAGAUUUCAGUGAUUCCUUCUACAAGGAAUUAAAAUUUUGCCUUAAAAUCCAGUAUUACUUUUUAAGAAGAGGUUUGUUGGAUCAUACUAAGGGCCCAUUGAGUUUGUCAUCUUCUUUCCAGGAAUGGCCACCAAGAUGCUUAGAUGCUUUUGAUCAGAGUCAGCAUCGGUAACCUUGCAUAUUAUUGUCCCAGGGCAUUGUGGCAAAUUUCAGUGGCAGCUGGAGUCAGCCAUCCAAUGCUAUGCAGUGUUGCUUUUGCCUACCUGCCCACUCCAACAGUGCCAGGGCUCACCAACAGAGGAAGUGGUUGACUGAUGGAGGAGGGGGCCACUAGAAGUAUUUACUCAGGAUUUCCUCAAACCUGCAGCUGGCUCUGCUGUUGAUCCUCCCUUCAUUUAGAAGUGCUGCUCUUUCUGGUGGAUAUAUUUGGAUUUUGAUCCUGUUAAUGCUUCAGUAAACUACCCUUAUUGUAGUAUGCCUUAUAUCUUGCAUGAAAUCUCUGCUUUGGCUUACAGAUCUUAGCAGAACACACACACACACACACACGUUUGUCAUUGUCAAUAUUACAGUAUAAAUAUACAAUUGCAUAUAGUAGGCCACAUACUUAUCCAAAUUUAUAUUUUUUCAUUACAAUUUUAAGUUAAAAUACUAUCUGGCUAUGUUUAUUCAAAAUAAGACACUGGGUACCUAUUUUCUGUGACUUUAAAACAUAGUGCUAAAUGUUCGAUUGCUGUGGGUGAUGAAGACCUUUGUCUUCCAUCUUUUUCUUGGUUGAAAGAGAGGAGACAAAGAGAUCCCAUGGUAUGGCCAAAAUUCCUUCUUUGGGAGGAACAGCUAGAUAUGAAUUUCAAAAAAUUACAAGGCUACCACCUUGCUGAAACUAAGACCAAAUAUGCCCCAUGAUGGAAGAAUAGUGGAAUAUAAAUGUAAAAAAGUAAAAUCUGUACUAUUAACCACAUGUGUAUCUGUUAUCUGUUUUACUGACCAUAUGUGGAAAUCCCCUAAAGCUCUUUCGUUUCAUUAGGAUGCCACUGUGGAUGAUGCAGUGUUGCGGAAAAAAGAACAAAAAGAUGUCGAACUGGAUAAGAAAAUCAUAGCUUUGCGGAAAAAGAACGAAGCCCUUAUGCGAAGAUAUCAUGUAUGUUUGACUUCUUAGCUCAGUUUUGGGGCCUCCUUGGUGAACCUUUGAAGCCCUACAUGCUGAUAACUCUUUUGAAAAAUUCAGUUUGUUGCAUUCUUUGUUCAGCUGACACCAGUAACUCGAUGUGGCUGAAGUAACUUGAAGUAGGUGACAUAGAAAUCAGCAUUUACUCCCACCAGGAAUGGAAUUUCAAAAUGAUUAUUCUGCAUAACAGAUCAGGCUGUCAGAAUUGUAAGGAGCCUAAACCAAGGAACCUAAGGAACAGCAAUCAUGUAGGGGAAUGGGGAAGAAGCCUAUGGCCAGAUAACUUCUGCUUGGGCACUGCUGCAAGAUGGCUCCUCAGUUACAUAGACUUGAGGCCUAUUCAUACUUUGUUUGUCUCAUGAUUGCUAGUCAUGAGUCCUAUACUUUGUUUUGUUCUGCCACUUUACCAGAGAAAAACAGCUGUUCACUGCUGAAUGUCAAUUGGGUUUUCUGUGGAUUGGUACUUGUUCUGAAUAGCAGUAAACAUUAGGUUUUCCUGGAAAAAAGUGGGGGCAAGGCAAAGAAAACCCCUCUUGGACCCAUGACUAGAAUUUGCGGGACAAACCAAGUGUGGAAGGGCCUUUAAGGUGCCCCAUAGGAGUCAGAAUACUGCAUGGUUUAUCAUCCAUUGACAUUUCUGGGUCAGAUUAACCUGAGCUUUAGAGUGUGUUGUCAUCAGUAUGCUAAUACCAGCUCUAUAUUUCAUUCAGGAAGUGUGCAAUAGCAGUCUACCCUGAAUCAAUAUAUUGAGACUGUGUUUGGGCAUGCAGGAUUUAAGAGACUGAAAAUCAGACUGGAGACAGGCAAUAGUCAUAGAAUCAUAGAAUCAUAGAGUUGGAAGAGACCACAAGGGCCAUCGAGUCCAACCCCCUGCCAAGCAGUCUUUGAAGAGUGGAGGCUAUUUUAGAGAUGCAUUGCUUCCCAUGGUGUUCACUUCUUUCUUUUGAGGCCUCUUGGUCAAUCAAAUGAUGCCAGAAUAUAAAACCCAUGAAACCUGUUUACCAGAGGUGAAAGUAGUGUCUACAUACCAUAUCAAAUUAUUAUUAUUAUUAUUAUUAUUAUUAUUAUUAUUAUUCCCAUAGAGCUCACAACAUAAGAUCAUAAAAUCACAAUAUGAGAAACGCAAAAUACAUAAUAAAAUAAAAACAAAAACAAAGACAACACAAUAAUCUCCCCCUUCCAAAACACAUUUUGAAAGGGCAUUAGAUGUCAAUCAGCCAAAGGUCUGGUUAAAGAGGGAUGUUUUCUCCUGGUGACUAAUGAUGGCUCCAGCUGAACCUCCCUGAGGAGAGCAUUCCACAAACAAGGAGCCACUGCAGAAAAGGCCCGUUCCUAGGUUGCCCCCCUCCAGACCUCUCAUGGAGGAGGCACAUAAAGAAAGGCCUCAGAGGAUGAUCUUGGGGGUCCAGGUAGGUUCACAUGGAGAGAGGUGGCCUUUAAAACUAUCUUCAACUCUCUGAAGAAGAAGAAAUCACAUGUCUCAGUAAAGCCUUGGUAAAAUAGUCAUCACCUGGAUGUUGCUAUUGUCAAAUAUAGUGGCAGUGGCAAAUGUGUGCUGAUGAAUGUACAGUUUCUCAUAGCUUCCCUAUGUUUCUCCCUUUGUUUGAGAUUGCUUUGUUUCUAGCUUUCCACUUGUUGUAAGCUGAUCUGAUAGAGUAGCUGGCUGUCAUUUUUGCAGGAAAUAGAAGAGGACAGGAAGCGAGCAGAGCAGGAGGGAAUGGCUGUCACGUCGAGGAAAGCCAGGCCAGAUGGCCUCACCAUCACCAUCACCAAAGCCCAUAAUGUAAGCAUUAUCUCCCCUUCCUGCUAAGGAAGGAUUUUUAUACAUUCCAUUCUUGCAAGGUUAGAGAGGUCUUAGUUGUGAGGGAUUAUGAAAUCAAUAUGUAAUAAAUAUAGAGACCAUCAGGCUUCAGGCUCUAUCAGCUCUCUGAAUGAUUUACAGGUUCCUAAAUGUAACACUAAUAUGUGCAAGUACAUGUGUUUGGGGAUGGCUCUCCAAUGAGGAGUAAAUUUAAACACCUCUGUGAACUAUGGUUUAAAAAUAAUAAGAGAAGGGAAUUGACUAUGAAAGACUGGAGUGAGUCCAUCACACACUAUUGCAUCAUCCAUUUCUCAUAAAUAAAGAUCCACACCAUGAUGACUCUACUGUUUCCCUAAAUCUUUGACAUUUCGGCCAAAUGUCAGAUUCAUAAGUGAAGAGAUGCUUUCCCCCCUCGCCAGAUUUAUAGGUUGCCUGGCAAAUUGGACAACAGGACCAGCUAUUUCUUUGGAAAAAAUUCCUCAGUAUUUGUAUCACUGGCAAAAAGUGUGAGGUCAUAGAGCCCUCCUGACAUUUUCAUAGCUUCUUCUCCCCAGCUGUUAAGGCAAAAGAGAAAGGGAGGAGGUUAAUAUGGCAACAUACCAACCAUUUCCUAGCUAAGUGUUUGUCCUAUUGGCAGGAGAAAAGAGUCGUGAGUGAGAAAUGGGGAAGCAGCGGCCCUCCUGCCUCCAGUUUUGGGAUUGGAAGUGAGGAGGAGGAAGAUGACGAGGAAUCUGAUCACUUGUUUACAUUCAGGAUGGGGAAGAGGGUUCAGUUGGCUGUUACCAUGGACAAUAAAGCCAAGGUGAGUCCCCAGCCCGUUUUUUAAAAGUGCUGAAUCUCUAGAGAUGCCAGCAAAUUCGGGUUGCAAUGAUGAAAUACACGUAAAAGCAUUCUAGUUUAAACAAAGCAACAUACAUUCAGCAAAAAGGUGGGUCCCACGUUGUUAGUUAGCCCAAAAAAUCCAAUAAACUUCAUGUGCUAGCAGGGCUAGAAUUUGGUUCUCUAAUAUCCCAACCCAGCAUGAUCCACAAGGCCACCCAAUAAGAGUCAUGGUAGGGCAGGUUUUUAAUCUGGUUCCCCAACAUUCCAGUCCAGCAAGGCCACCCAGUGAGUUUCAUCUGCGAGCAAAUGUAUUUGCAAUCUACAAAGGAUACUUAUUCAGGACUAAUCAAACUUUUAAUGAAGUCCAUAUUAUUGCUUGCUGAGUAAGUCAGCAUUUGGGUGGUAAUCUUUGUGAGAAUGUUCCUCCAAUACAACAUAUAGGCUUCAGUCAAUUGGGAAUCAUUGUCACAAACAGUAAAUUUCCAGCAGUCGAAAAAAGCAGCUUGCACUCAGAUUGUAAGUGACCCUUCAGUCUUUUACUGCCUGAUAGGAUUGUAAAUUCAUUUCCACGACUUCAAAAAGCUCUCUAGACAUCUUUGGGGACAGCUCGGUGACGACAUCUGUUUCGUUCGCAGUGGCAGUCAAAACAACACAUCACAUUAGGCUGUGUUGACAUACAAGCAGAGUGUAAUAUGAAUCUCUUACAAUAACAUUAAAGAAGGCAAUGGCAGAUCCUUGACUUGAGCAACAUGUUUGGAUUCAACUACAUGCUGUCAGAAUCAAGACCUCAAAGACAGGAAGAGGACAUAGAAGGGGUUGGUGCUUUGAAGCCCCAGUAGCAGGGCUCCCCCCCCCCCAGCCGGAACUUGCCAGAACUCAGUUCUGGCACCUCUAAGGUGGGCUCCAUCACCAUUAUAAGAGAAUGAGGGAGGUGUUCAUGGUCAGUUCCGGCACCUCUUUUUCUAGAAAAAUAGCCCUGCCCAGCAGUAUGAAAGCUUGAAAUACAAGUCUUUUCUUUUCUUAGGCAUUUCUAAAAAGAAUAUUUCCAUGAGUGCUAAUACAGGUUGAAGAUGUCAGAAGCAAUGAGGGUUUGGGGCAGUAUUUUACUAACAAGUCCCAUCAUGCAAGAAUAUCUGCUUGUACAACAGGACUCCCCCCGCCCCUUUCCACUAUCCACCUGAAAUCUGUUCCAGAACUUUGGGGAAACUCCUAGAACAGAUUAAGGGGGUGUAUGGGAGAGGAAAUGGGGAAAACAUUCUGUUGCACAAGCAUAAAUUCUAAAAAAAAGCCUUAGCACUACAUUGGAUUCCACCCUUCGUGUUUAGUCAGAUUUUUUCUUGCAGUUCGAAUCCUGUUAUUAAUGUUGCAUGUGGUAUAUUUUGGUAUGAAAAUGUGUUUCAGUAAUUUCUCUCAUUCAUUUUCAUAAAUUGCUGUGAAGUGGGCCGGGUGGAAUGAUUCUCCUUUCCUGCCCUGGCAUACUGUUCUGGGGGUUCUCCCAACUCCCCUUGAGCCAAUUUUGGGGUGCAUGAGGGAGGAGGGGGCAGAAAGCCCUGUUGUGCUAGCAGAAGUCUUUGACGUCAUUAGUUGAUUCUGUUACUCUGAGUCUAUGCGUUCUAAGUAAUCUGUGUGCUACCCUCAAAACAUAGUGAUAUUUUCAAUUACAUGGAAUAAAAGUUAUAUCAUCUCUGCUAUAUUUUGCUUAGUUGUGUUGGUUUUCAUCCAGGAAAACAAUUCCCAUGAUGAGAAUUUUUUGGCUCGGAAGCUAAGAAAAUUCAUCAACCCCGAAGGGAGUUAGCUGAUCUUUACACAGCCCUCCUAAAUGCUGACAAAAAAUUAAGAGAACACUUGUUACUUCAGUCUUGAUUAGUUUAGUGCAACAAAAUUACAAUGCUAACAUAUCUUAUACGUUAUCUACAAAGGUUCAUUAUAUUGAAUUUCUGGCUGAAAUAUUUCUUUUCGGAAUUAGAUUGAUUACAACUGGUAGCUAUCAAUGAAUGGAAUUUGCUAUUUGUUAUACUUGUUUUUCCAGCACCAAAUAGGCAUACUUACUCUAAAUAUGCACCUUUCUAUACAUACUGUACAGGGCAAGAAACAGCAUAUUCUGAUUCUGCCUUUUCUAGGGAAAGCGGGUUGUGAGUGAAAAACGGGGAUCAGAGUGUCUUGUGAGCCCAGGGGAGGCCCCAGACAUCAGUGAAGAAGAGAUUGAUCAGUUGGUUGCUUUCCGCAGGGGAAGAAGGAUGCAGAUUGCUAUUACAAUGGACAACAAAGGCAGGGUGAGUAUUUUCCCAAAUGGCUCCCUUUGGUUCCAGUUCUCUGCUUGGACUCAGUCCCGUCCCCCAGCCCCAGUCUUAAUACAUGUUGCCAAGGCUGCUGCCAAUCUUGAUGAGGUGCUGCUGCUGCUGCUGCUUUAACAGCUUUUGGGAAGCUGAAAAUUAUUUGGAAACUUGCUUUCUGCUCCAGUGCUGCAACAAUCCACUUACGCAGCUACCUCUCUGAUGUCUUGUGGGGCGAACAUGGAAAUCUUGCUUACUGCAGCAGACUGAAAAGAGAAGGGGUGAUGGAAAGGCUAUAGUAUGCAAACGCUCCCUCAGUCCAUCUCUGGGGUCUCUCUCCCAGUGCAGUUGGGAAAAACUCUUUCCUGGCAUGCUAGAGAACUAUUGCCCAUCAGAGAUGACAGUACUGAGCUAGUUGGGGCAGUGUUCUGACUUGGUAUAACUUAAGACAGUUUCCUAAGGCCCUUUCAAACUGAUGGUUUUAUUGCAAGUGUCAUCUGCAGCAUGUCAUUGAUGCAAUAAUAGUGCAUUCGUGGUGUAUUCAUCCUGGACCGUCCAUGCUUUGUUAGUUGUUCAGUGAUGCUUCCUCAACUGUGACAUCUUGAGAUAGCAUGCAGUAACUGCACUAGCAGAACUCAAGCUAGAGCUCUAGGUGCCAGUUUCUGAUAUUCAUUGUGCCGCACCUUCAAUGCUGCAGCUACAGCUCCCAAACCACUCUGUCUGCUCUGACUCUGAGUCUUAUACCAAGUGCAUAUUUAAGUAGCCAGUGAAGCAGGUAAGUCCCUUGAAAUGGCUCUGAAAUGGCUCUUCCCUAAGAUGUCGUCAUGGCAUUGUCUGUGGCCUCCUUAGGUAAACCAAGAGGAAUCAUAUCCUAAAGUUUAUUUGUACUGAUGACAGUGGGUGAUGCUGAGAUCUAAACCACUGAGCUUCUUGGGCUUGCUGAUUGGAAGGUCAGCAGUUCGAAUCCGCAUGAUGGGGUGAGCUCCUGUUGCUCUGUCCCAGCUCCUGCCAACCUAGCAGUUCAAAAGCACACCAGUACAAGUAGAUAAAUAGGUACUGCUGUGGCGGGAAGGUAAAUGGCGUUUCCAUGCACUCUGGUUUCUGUCAUGGUGUUCCAUUAGUUAUAGUAAGUUUCUAUUACCAUGUAAGGUCUUGCCCCCCCCUUCCUGCAAUCUCUCUCCUCCCUGCGAUGGCCCCCACAACAGCACAGCUGUGUGCAUUCCUGACUUUGCUUCUCUCUUUACAACCUUGAAUAAUAAACAUUUGAGCCUGUUCCAUCAGUGCCAGCCUUGUUCUCCUGACGGACCUCUCCUUUCUAAGAAAGGCCUUGGGGGGGGGGUUUCUUAUGGCUCUACACCAUUGCGCCAGUAGAGAUUUAGUCAUGCUGGCCACAUGACCCAGAAAGCUGUCUGUGGACAAACGAUACGAUACGAUAUGUUUAUUGUCAUUGUCCCAUACAGAACAAUGAAAUUGAAAACUGGCGCCCUUGGCCUGAAAAGCGAGAUGAGCAUUACACCCCAUAGUCGCCUUUGACUGGACUUAACUGUCCAGGGGUCCUUUACCUUUAUACCUUUUACUGACCGUUUUUGUAUUGCACCCUUCCUCUGAAGAACUCAUGGUGUGGUACACAGAGUUACCCUCAGAACAAGCCCGGCAUGUGAGUCAAGAGAAGAGAUGAUGACUUGCCCAAGCCUAACCAGUGAGCUUCAUGGCUGAGUAGGGAUGUGUGAACCUGUUCUGUCCCCGACACCCAUCAAAACUCAAUACAGCUCUCAUAAUUCAUUCUACAACACUGGAAAGUGGAAAUGUUGGCUAGGCCCACUGCAAUAUCAAUUGACUUAAGAUAAAUCUGUCAAAUCAUGUGAUCAUCUAGGCCUCAGGCACAAAAGCAAAACAUUUUAUAGGAAAAUGUUCGGUCCCUUGCAUCUCCAGCCAGUACUGGCCUCUCCUCCUGCCCUUACUCGCAUGUCAGUUAGGCUUAGAGGAAAAACACUUCUCGUUUUUGCCAAUGGAAGGUUUAUUUUUAAUUCUAAUUGUCACACUGUGGGGAAGGGGCACAGUUCAUCGAGAUGGCAGCUGUGGAAGGGCUUCUGUCCUCAUGCACUGUGAAAGCAAAUAAUAAUAAUAAUAAUAAUAAUAAUAAUAAUAAUAAUAAUUUAUUAUUUGUACCCCAGCCACUCUGGGCGGCUUCCAAUAAAGAUGAAAAAUACAUUAAAAUGUCACACUUUAAAAACUUCCCUGAACAGGGCUGCCUUCAGAUGUCUUCUAAAUGUCAAAUGGGAUGUUGGGCAGAGAAAGAAGACUUUGGCCCUCCCAAUCCUUGGUAUGUGGCCCCCAAGCAAUUACUCCUGAGGGAAUACAGCUCUUGACACGAAUACAGCCCUGUUACUACUGGAAUUCUUUGUAACUUUUCACCUUUAAGUGAGAAUAUCUUAAGGUCUUGAGGACAAAAUCCUGAUAUUUAUAAACAAAACAAAUCUAUUUUUUAAAUGUUGCUACCUCUACACCACCACCACCAAUUAUUUUUUAUCAGGCUGCUGUUAGGCACAGGAACAGGACUAAUAAUAAUAAUAAUAAUAAUAGCAUCCCUGGUUAGAAAUUGAGCAACUAAGUAUGGGGGAAAGUGACAUAGGAUUAAAAGGUACAGAAUCUAGCCAAGAGGCAAGACUGUCUCCCUCAGAAUGACACUGUCCAACCACUGUCUGAGGGCCCACUUCCUUUUGGCAUCUUCUGAAGCGUGUGCUUCUGCGCUUUCUGGGCCAAGGUUUUUAAAAGCAGACUUCGGAGCCGAGCUCCAGCUGCCUCAAACUGAUGGUUUCCGAGUGACAUUCUGCUGACGGAGAAGAGGAUUAGCCCAAGAACAGCACAAGCUGUGCGUCCUAUUCAGUCUUCAGGCUGUAACUCAGCUGCCGGGCCUACACUCUGCCCCGCUGCCUGCGAGGAGAGAAAAGAAAAGCCUGUUGACAUGGUGAGCGGGGGGCAUGCGAGAGUUUUACAGCCCCAGAUGGCCAAGGCUGUUUUCUCAGGCAAGAUGGAUGACGGGCCUGCAGGGAGCACAUGGACACAUUGAAACAGAGAGUGUAAAUCACGCUGGGAGAGGCGGCUGGCGCAGCCAGCUCAAGCCUCUCUCUCUCAUGGUCUGCACUUUUCCCAGAAACAGUGCGCCAUUGUCCUCAGGCCCAGGCCCUGCGACGCCUCCCAGUGUGAAGUACACGCAGAUUUGGGCCUGGAGUUUAAAGAGCUUUUAAACAGUACAUUUGGCAGUAAAUGCCUUUUUGUGUAAGGCUGCGAGUGACUCAGGGCUUUACAGACUUCGCCAUACGGUCGAGGCACGUUAGAUAAACACAGAGAUGGCAAAGAAUGAAGAGGGGAGGAGGCACAAAAGUCAUUGGGAAUGGGGGGAAGAGGGGGAGCUUUUUGUGAAAUGUGCUCCGCUACUGAAUAGCCUAAAGGUGAUUUGUGUGGAAGCUGUAUCUUGCAGUGCAGUGGGCUCUUGGGAAAUACAAUGUCAGACCCUCCAAGUGCCCCUAUUUUCCAGGGAUUUACAGAAGCCGUCCCUGCAUGCCUCUGAUGGGCCAGGUUUACAUUGUAAAUAUACAGACAUGUGGGGAAUUUGUUCAUGCGCAAUGUAGCAUGAUGUUACUAGGAUGUAAACUGCAGUUGGCUAAGUAGGGCAACCCUUUCCAUUCACUGAAUAUUUGCACAGCACUUUCCCCCAAGUGCUGAGAACAUUUCCCAAAUGGAACUUUUCCACCUGACUUAGUGAUGGGAGAGUUUGAAAUAUGAAUGCCCUCAGUGAGAAAAAGGGCUGCAGCUCAGUGAGAGAGCUUCUGCUUUGUGUGCAGAAGGUACUGUGCUGAAUCUCUGGGAUCUUCAGGUAGUAUUGGGAGAUACCUCAGGCUGAAAUCUCGGACAGCUGCUGCCAGUCAGUGUGGACAAUGCAAAGCUAGCGAGAGUAUGGCAGAGGUGGCUAACCUGUAGCUAGGGAUUUUGGAGAAUUCUGUCAGGAACAGAAACCAGGAGUGGAAAUUGCCACAAUGUGCAUGUUCAUUGGAUGUCAGUAAGACAAUGUUCACUAUCACACCUACUCAAAUUUAAUUAAACAAACCACAGUCCCUGAUGUUCAAAUGUUACAGGGCACUGUAGCUUGUUUAAAAGUGGAAAUGUAUGCUUCUCAUCGGCUCCUGUUUUGCAUGCCAGAAAGCUGGGAGAAUGGGAGAGUUUGUGACCCGGAGCUCAGGAAAACUUGUUCACACAGCAAGAAACAAUGUUUUCCAUUAUGUUGAUCUGACCCAUAGUCAAAGUAUCUGGCUAUGGAGGAAAGUCCAUUUCCCCAACAACACCACAUUGUAUGCCUGGAUCCUCACAAUGAAUGAAUUGCAAAGCAAGCAAUUCUUAUGUGACAAACUGAUUGCCUGGAAGGGCCCCAAGGCUUACUGUUCCUUUGAUGUGCUAUGCCAUGCUAUAACCCCGAGAGGGAGCUAAAGGAGUAGAACUGAAACCAGUAUUUGCACAUUCAGUCUUCUAAAAGGGCACCAUCAAAAAAAGAGCUCUGCCCGUCCAAUUUUUGAAAAUCCAGACAGAUGAUAAAGAACAGGACCAGAGUAAGAGCGGAUGAAUGUAAGCACAUGGAGUUACAUAUAGCUUGAGUUGAGUGCAAGGACUAAGGGACAGAGCUAAACAUUGCCAGGAAAUUGUAUGUUUUUAGGAGCAAUAUGAUGGAUGUGAGAAAAGUGGCACCACAUAAAUAUUGAGAAGUGGUGGAAUUCAGAGUUUUUUAAAGAUAAAUUCUGUCCAGCCAUUCUGUAAAAAAAUCAAAAAUCAAAGUUGGUUUGUUUUAUUAACUAUAGCAAAUAUACCAAAAUCAAAACAACAUAUUCAAAAUCACAUUAAUCCUUCAAAGUAAAAAUUGAUUAAAAAAUCAGAAUCCUUUUAAACAGCCGGUGCCUUAAACUGCCUGGUCGGGUCUUGGCUGCUGAGCGUAAAGCAAGCAAGCAGUGUGGAGCUUCACCUUAGGCAGAGCGCCCUGACAUCUUAAUGCCACCACAGAAAAGGUCCUGACCUUGUUGCCUACCUGCCAUACUUUGGAAGGGCAUCAAAGGAAGGUCUAGCACAGGGGUGGGGAACCUCAGGCCUGGGAGCCAAAUGCAGCCCUCCAAGCCUCUCUGUCUGCCCUUGGGAUUCUCCCCAGGCGAUACCCACCUCCCAUUCAGCAACAUCCAUCACUGGCUCUGCUUUGCAUUCUCCUUGAGUGUUUCUGGCCUGGCUGGAAUGUGUCCUUGAACUCUGAUAAUGCUUCCUUACUGCUUGCCUAGAUGGGCUGGGUAUGCAGAAAUGAGCCUACCCUCUCUCCCCUCUGGCCCUGCCUGCCAGUGACAUGUGGCACCCAGAAGACUGGCCUGAAGAAUAUACAGCCCUCAGGUUGAAAAUAGCUUCCUAUCCCUGGCCUAGGCUAGGGUUUGGGCUAAUUCAUACAGUAUGUGUGAAGGAUUCUUGUGAUACUCUUAAGAUCCCAGUUCAUCUUCACAACAACACUUUAGGGUAGCUUAGGCUUGUCCAAGGGCAUUUACUGAUGGCUGAGGAGGAUUCUGGCUCACUAAAAGCAAGUGUAUGUAGUGCUAUUUCCUUUAAAAUAUAUCCCUUGCGUUUCCCAGCUGAUACAUGUACCCUCUUCAAAGCAGUGCACUGCAAAAGGCUCCUGGUAUUUGAUAUCAGCUUCUUUCUGCUUCACUGGAGACUAAAUGGAAUUGCAAUCUCAUUUUCCUCUCCCAUAGAUGACAGUAAAGCAAAUCCCCAUGGUCUAAGAAGGAGAAACCUUAUUACUAUCAUAGCCUGCCCUCCUGCCCAGUGCCCAAGAUUUUCCCUGGCACCAAUAUCCCAGUUGUCAGCAGAGAGUUGAGUAAUCUCUCUCUCUGUGGGUCUUUUAGUAUCGGGUUUCCUCUCUGUACUCUGCCCCCUCUUUCAUUUUGGUAAUAGCUGCAUUUAACAGGCUGCUGUUUUAUGCAACAGUGCAUUUAAGCUUCAGAGUGGUGUAUCCAGAUCCAGUGAAGCAUAAUGGUUAAUUAGUAUGCAGCAAAUCAUCUUUAAAUUGGACAUCUAUGGUUUGUGGACUGUUUGAAUUGCUUUUUUAUUAACAGUGUAGAGAGAGAUAAUAUAUCAUGAGUUAAUAUGCUUCCUGUCUAAAGAGGUAAGUGCCACAUGAUUGUAGGAAUGAAAUGAAAUUGGGGUCAGAUGACAAAUGGAGUAAAUGGAGGCGAGUCCUUCUGAGCCACCCGAUAUUGUCAAAGUUUUCACUUUUGGAAAAAAAUAAAUCAAGCGGGGGGUGGAGAAGUGAAAGACAAAGAGAUAAUUAAGCAAACUACUUUUUACUAGCUCAGUAGUAGGGGAAGGGAUAUACAAUAGCUCAGUGAGAGCAUAUGCUUUGUAUGCAGAAUAUCUUUGGCUCAGUCUCUGGCAUCUCCAGGUAAGGGUGGCAAACAUUAUUGUCUGAAAUCAUGGAGACCCAUACACAGUGUAGUGUAGAGACAAUAAAGAAGUAGAGGUGCUUUUACACUGUCACUAUUUUGGAGUGGGAGUCAACCACAUACUGGCAAAUUCAAGUUGUGUAAUAAUAAACAAGAGGCCUUGAGCAACAUACCUGCUUCCCCAAAAGAUCAGACUUUUUUGUGAUAAGGGAAGUUAUGGGGAAAUGCAUGGGAAAGUGUGAGAGAACAUUAUGACACAACAACCAUCUAACCUAUAUAACAAAAAUGAUUGCCUUGUGGGAAGCGACUCAUAAGUGAAAAUAAUAAUAAUGAAAUUCAAUGACCAUUCAUUCUGAUAUGUUUGCAGGGUGGUUAGAUGAUGUUCCCUCAAGGUAAGGGUUAUCCUACCCUUCAGCUGUGUUUUCCUAUCAUUUUCCCUUUCACCAAAAAUCUACUCUUUUGGGGAAGCAGGUUUGUUGCACAAGAACUCCCAGUCAGCUACAAUUGCAGAACCUGAAGUCGCUGGUAUUUGAGUGAAGCCCAUGUCUAUGGAGAUUCAGCACUUAAAAGGGGGGGGGGUCACCUUGGCUUUAUUGCCCAUGGUAGCAGCCUACUGAAUCCUGUUCCCCAUCCUGGAUGUAAACAAGUGACUGGCUUUCUCAGCAUCUUCUUCCUCUUCACUUCCAGUCCCACAACCGGAGGCAGGAGAACUCUUUACCAUCUCUUUUUGUUUUAAUGACCCUGAACAAUUUAGUAGAAUCAGCAAACCUGGCCACCUCACGGCUCACCCCUAACUCGAUAUUGUUUAUGAGCAAGUUAAAAACACAGGUCCCAAUCCUUCACUUUCUGCACCUCUUCAUUUGAAGAACUAUUUAUUUAUUCCUACUCUCUUCUUCCUGCUACGUUACCAGUUCCAUAUAUCUCUAGAUCACUCUGCUGUUAAAGGCACAGGAGAAGAAACAGAUUAAAAGUUGGCAACCUUCAGUGCUGGAUAGAGAUGGGGAACAAUUCCUCCCCUUAAAUGACAGCAUUUGUGUGCAUAUUUUGUUGCAAAUUCUAUUGCGCUUCAUGGGUGUUUUCAUGUAUUUCUACUGUAAAAAUAGACAAAUUCUGCAAUAAAAUGGACAAGCAUGUAACGUAAACUAUCUUUGAUGAAAUGUGCUCUCUUGAGACAUAGACAGAAAAAAGGAAUGUUAGCUGCGACACUGAAAUGGGGUUUCUGCCUUGUUAUUACUGUGCCUGUCUCUGUGAGAGUUUGAUGUUCAACUAAAAAAAGGCCCCAAGCAAUUAGCAGGAAUAAAGGUUGUUCAUUCAAGCUCAGACUUGCCUUCUCAGCAUCCUCUGUUUCUUUGAACUGCUCCAGGGAAUUGUCUUCUUUGUAUUUUACUCUUCUCUUCAUGUUUAAAGCUCAGGAGAACUACUGACUCCGUACUCUCAUGUAGCUUUCAAAAGCUGCCACUUUCAGAUGCUGCAAAAUCAGCUCAGGAAUACUUUUAUGUCAGGAGCCUUGAAUCAGCCCAAUACUAUUUCACUAAGCACAGGGCAGGAAGCAUGGUGCUGUAUUUCUCCAUGGGACAAGCUUUGCUAUCCAUUCAACAGUCAUUCAUCUCUUCUGUGAACAUACUCAGAAUUAAAUCAUGCCAGACAGCUGUCUGUCAUGUUAGGGAGGAUAUUACAUGAUAUCUGGAAUAGGGUAACCAACCAGCUUUGCUCCUUUGUCUUUACCACUAUAGAGAAAUUGAAGGAGGAACUAUCCCCAUCUUGCAUUUACUGAAAUAACAGGAUUGCAGGGGUGGACCCUCGCAGGGAAGCUUAGACAAACUGGAUGUAAAUUCUUCCCUUCAAAUCUCAGUGGUAGGGCAUUUGCUUUGCACAUAGAUGGUCUUAAGUUCAAACCCUGCAUCUUCAGGCAGGACUGGGAGAGAUCUCCAUCUGAAAAGCUAGAGAUCAAUCAAUACACCAGCGUUUUCUCAAUCCCGUGUACCCAAAUGUUGUGGGACUACAACUCCCACCAUCCUUAGCUAACAGGUAGUCAAGGAGGAUGGGAGUUGUAGUCCAACAACAUCUGGGGACCCAAGGUUGAGAAAGGCUGCAGUGGACAAUACUGAGCUAGAUGGAGCAAUGGUCUGACUCAGUAGAAGACAGCUUACUAUGUUCCCCAAACUGAUCUAGAGCCCCACUGGUGGGGGGAAUUCUCAGAUGAAGAGGGGACUUCUAUUUCUGAAAACCUUUAAAACACACAUACAUACACAAACACAACUCUUUGCUUAUAAAGGGCUGCUUUGCCUCUGAAAGUUGGGCUAUAUUUGCAUCUGUAUCCAUAAAUUAGCAUAUGCAAAUUUUAUGCAGAUUUCUGUCAUGGGCCUCCCUGAACAUGAACAAAAUGUACAAAACCCCAUUUAAAUAAAAUAAAUAAACCAGGAUGGGGAAGACAAACUGGCUUUAUCCUCUUUUUUCCUACAACUGUUGCCCUAUAGUUGUGUGUGUGUGUUAAACCCAACCAGUCACUUUCUAUCACUCAGGAUGCUUCCAGAUGGGAUGAAUUGUGGGAUGAAUGCUUCUCAUGCAUGCAGGGGUUUUUUUGGGGGGGGGGGGUUUGUAGCAUCUGCACAAUGUUGUUCUUAUCAAAAUGCAAGCCCAUAUCUCCCACCCCCACAUUUUUUGGAUUUUCCCUUUCUGGGAAAAAUUCAAAACUGUUGGCAAUGUUCCUUUUCUGAUAUCUCAAAGAUCUGUUUACAGCAUUAAAUUUCUGUCUGAAAACACUCCAAUUACGAUACUUUUAAAUGGAGUUUAUACUUGCUCUCCUGUGUGCAUGAUGAUAUACUUAGUGUCAGCUCCUCUUGCAUUGGUGUGUCUAUCUGCACAGCCAGUCUGAGUCAAUUUUGUGAUGUCUAGAAGUGUGUUAAAAGGAAGGAAGGAUUCAGGGGCCCCUGAUUAGGCUUUUGGCUAUGCAAUAUUGAAUGCUAUCUGUUAACUCUGUUCUAUCCUGUUUCGCCUUUGUUAUUGUUAUUCUUUAAACCAAUUCACAAACCAAGAACAUAUACAUUGACCACUAAUAAUGAACCGUAUGUUGCAGACAUUACUGCAGAUAUAUUAUUCUGUUUUUUUGUGAUAUACAAAUGACACGUGAAGACUUGGUCUAUUUUGUAUCAUUUAUGAUCCUUGUUUAUAAAAACUCAAUAAAAAGUUAUGUUUAAAAAAGAAGAAGGUAGGAUUCAGGCAGGGGUGGAUGACGAUUUGGAGAUCUUGCGUGCGCUUUUGCUUUUCACUCCUUCAGAAAGUGGUGGACUCUCCUUCCUUGGAAGUUGUUCAGCAGAGGUUGAAUGGCCAUGUGACAUAGAUACUUUAGUUGAGAUUCCUGCAUGGCAGGGGGUUGGACUAGAUGACCCUCAGGAACCCCUUCCAACUCUACAAUUCUAUGAUUGUCUGAUUCCAUCACUCCUAAUGGGGCUGCCAGUUUCCACCCUGCACAGCUGUUGCAAAGUCAGGCAAUUGUUCCUGCAGCUGCCAUGUAUGGUUACAAAACUCAGACCAACCAAAGUAAUAAAUAGUGAGAGCUUUUUGGCAGCAGAAGACCUAGAAGUUGACAGGAUUCUGCAUGAAUUGGUAGGCAGCUGCAUCAGCUAGACAGGAGACAAAGCGGCCCUGUGUGCUGUACGCAAAGCAUGUCUGGCUGUUGUUAGGAAGCCGGCUGUCAGGAGAGAGAGCAGGAUUCAUGCUCGUGCCAGUCUUUCUCCCAUGCAGGUGAGUGGAAAUAUGGAGAGCUGAAUUUUCGUGGAAACGGUCCGUCCCAGACAUCAGGAUAUUCUUCAUUUUGGAUAAUCUGCCUGUUGCUCAGUUCUGACAACUGAACAACACAAACAUUUAUAAAGUGCCUGGUGCUGUUCAAACAGACUGUUAGUGUGCCUACAACUGAUGCUUAUUUAAAUUAUUAGCAAUUGGGACCUAACCCCCAAAAAUCCAAAAAUUCUGUUCCUCACUUGCAAGACUAAGCAUAUGUUAAGAAAGAGAUUUGAUGACUGGUUUCUUUUAGAACAUAGUAUCAUUUCUAAAGGGACGCGGGUGGCGCUGUGGGUAAAACCUCAGUGCCUAGGACUUGCCGAUCAUAUGGUCGGCGGUUCCAAUCCCUGCGGCGGGGUGAGCUCCCGUCUUUCGGUCCCAGCUCCUGCCCACCUAGCAGUUCGAAAGCACCCUUAAGUGCAAGCAGAUAAAUAGGUACCGCUUUAUAGCGGGAAGGUAAACGGCGUUUCCGUGUGCUGCGCUGGUGCUGGCUCGCCAGAGCAGCUUCGUCACACUGGCCAUGUGACCCGGAAGUGUCUCCGGACAGCGCUGGCCCCCGGCCUCUUAAGUGAGAUGGGCGCACAACCCUAGAGUUGGACACGACUGGCCCGUACGGGCAGGGGUACCUUUACCUUUUAUCAUUUCUAAGCUGAAACUAUUUAUUUUCUUUAUAAAACAUUCUCUUUGAAAUGUAUGUUUCUCCCUGUUACCCAAAUCUUUGAUUUGGAGAAAGGCAGUGGUUUUUUUAUCUUUUAAAAAAAUGUUUAGGGGUACUUUCAUUUUGACUCAAGAAAAUCACCAUUUUAUAGUUCAAAUCAGGAAAAAUAAAUACAGUAAAUGGACAAAAGUACAAAGAUUCACAAAAUGUUUAGGGGUAUGUGUAUCCCUGCAUCCCCCCAGAAAAAAAAGCACCAGAGAAAGGGCUAUAAAAAUCACCAUGUCAGGAAUUGCUGCAAGGGCAAGGGUGGUACAAACCCCCAGAAACUUGUUUACAACCCCCAGCCUGCAUGAAUGCAUGUCAAUUGGUGGGAGAAUGUGGAAUGAAAGUUUUUGGCCUCUGUAUGGAGUUGUUGGGAUCCAUGUUGUCUUGGGAGACAAUGGAGGAGACUCCUGAUAAUAGUGGCCUGAAGGCCCCUCUUCACUACCCCAGGAGAGAGCUGGGGUGGUUGGUUCCCUGGAUGUCUUGAAUCCAAACUAUGAGAGAUAGAUGCAUCUGGAGCAUGUGGAAGUUUUGCAUACUACUUUUUAUUUCUGUGUUGGGCAUUAUUCUCUCUCCCCAGUUUAGUUUCAAGCUGUCAGAUUAGGUUGGUUUGUUCAUAUUGUUUCAAACAAACUUGUACAGAUUUUUUUUUUUGUAUUUAUUUAGUGAUGGUAUUAUUUCGUGUGUGUGUGUGUGUGUGUGUGUGUGUGUUAUAUUUAAUUAUUCACUUGAUACAUUGCAAGCCACUUGUGGCACAGUUUUGUGGGAAAGUAUCGAUAGAUGAGGCUGAUCAUGAAAAUCUUGCAGUAUGGAAGCCUCUGUUCAGCAUUUCAGCUGCCCCAUUUCACCCCCACCCAGUGGCGUAGCGUUGGUUGUCAGCACCCGGGGCAAGGCAAGUAAUUUGCGCCCCCUAACCCGUGGAUUUGCGCCUCCUAACCCGUGGAUUUGUGCCCCCUAACCCUAACCCCCAGAUGUUGCGCCCGGUGCGGCCGCCCCCCUGCACCCCCCACGCUACGCCACUGCCCCCACCCCCCGUUUUCUGCCCCCUCCAACAGUCAGCCAAGAUUCUCAAUGGACUGUUAUGAGGGCCUCCCACUUUACGGAUUUCCACCCCCAAAAUAUUUUUGCACUUCUGUAAGCUUCAAGAUUCCUCCAAGUCUCCUUCCCUCUUGUGUACUGGCAUGUGGGGUGCCUUUUGGACUACAUAGCAAGAUAAUAUCUGCUUAUGUGAACUCCAGCCCUAGUGGAACAUGAAGUUACUGAUUUCCAAAUGGUGCCACUUGCUAAAAGCCUUUAUUGUUGCUCAGUGGCUACUGGGGAACUUGGAUAAAUCAAGUGGAUUAUGUGUACAUGAUGCUGCGCUUUGAGACUGGCUGCCAGCAGAGAGAUACGUAUUGCGGGUUCCUCCUCAUAAUAGUUCAGAUGAACUGCGGUUCUCUGAUUAAUAAUGUAAAUAUUACAAAACUCCAAUAAGUCUCCAGUGACCAAGAGAAACUAAAUCUGAUCAUGCAUUGUCUUCCUGGAACUUCUCAUUGCUCUGGGAAGUGGAGUGAGUGUUGCACGAUAGAUUCUAAGCAUUGUUAUACACUCCUCACUUUCCCUGAGUGGUGGUAAGUCCCAGGAAUAGCAUUUCUGAGUCAUUUCCUUUGGCUGAGAAUGUACCGGAGAUUCGUGGUGCCUUGGUAAUAUCUCUUUGUUUACAAAUAAGCCAGCAGAGAUAUUGCUAGCAAGCAGACAACACAAGUGCUAAUCUCACACAAGCUCCCAAUGAAGCUACAGCUGUACCUCUGCUUCAGCCAACUGCAACUAGGACUAUAGCAAGCUGCUGUAUAUCAGGGUCAGUUUAGCUAUUUAGCCUAGUACUGUCAACUCUGACUAGCAGUGACUCUCCAGGUCUCAAACAGAGAGGGCUUUCUCAUCACCUGUUGUGGGGCCUUCAAAAUGAUAGGAUGUGUUCUGCCACUGAACAAUAAUCACUUGCCAGAGUUUCAUCUUUCUGUCUCUGUGGCAAUUCUGAUGCUUCCACUCCAAAUGUCCUCCAGCUGCCUGCCAAGGCCCCACAACGCAGUUGCUCCCUAUGUAAUGAGCAACCUUACAAGACAGCAGCAUAUAGAUUUUGAGUUCAAAUAGGCCACAACUUCAUUGGUUACAGAUGUGAAAGGUUUGGCAUUGGGUGAAGCCAUUUCUUUAAAUCCAGCCCAUCUGCUGUGAGUGUAUCUAAGGGUAAAUCACAACAUGGGGGAGGCCCUAUGACCUACAUCAAAUAGGGGUACCCCUGGGGGGUCCCCUCUGAAGGAGUUCUAUGGCCCUAUCCCCCAUCUGGACAUCGGGCAGAAGCAACUCUUCAUUGAUCCCCUUAACAGAAUACCCUUAACCAAGGAGGGGCAGGCAGAGGCUACAACAUCACCUCCAGACCAGACUAAGGCUUACCCAGUGCCUAACCUCACAAAGUUGUGACAAUUACUAUGAGGUAGGUGAAAACCAAGCGGCCAAUGCCAAUUGGCCAAGUGGAAAAAUUCCUGCCCAUCCCUGAAUAAUGGCAACUGAUAUAGAAGAGCCUGUGAAAAGAUUGUGGAGGAAUGCUGGCCUGGCCACAAUUUCUUCCCUAUGGGGUGGGCCCAAGCGACGCCCAUUGGCUGGUUGGACCCUCCCCCUGAAGAAUCCCCAGACCCAGGCUUGUCUACCAUUGGCCAAUCUGCAGGCGGGCCUGCAAUCUUCCCCAGCUGGCCAUCAGAGCACUGAUGUUAAAGGAAAGCAGAAUGUCCUUAUUACUGCAUAUUCAUUUGUGCUCAUGAUUGGGGUGGUCAUGGGAGAUUCCUCUGUCAAUACGAUUUGCCCUGAAGAAGUUUUGAGGCAGUCAUACUGCUUCUAAACAGCACACAAAGGUCCUGCUAAAAUCCUGUAACUUUUCAUGCCACAAAUGCUCUGGGUUUUUUUAUUGUCCUGCUUUUGUUGUGUUAGACUCCCUCUAGACAGUAAUAAUGUAGAAGCAUUGGAGAAGAAUCAAAGAACGGUUAAUAAAGCAAAAUAAAUUUACCACCAAUGCACUAUUACUGGGUCAAGAACAUGUUUCAGAAUACACCUGCAAUAUAACAACAGUCGGGAGAGGUCCUUUGUCAAGAUUUUUUGCAAACUCGUGUACAAGCAGAAGCACUUCUUUUCUUGUUUAUGUUGAUUUAUCACAAUGCAUCAAACAGCCCUUCUGUGAGUGGAAGGUGCUUUCUGCAUGCAAAAGGGUAUCUUUGGUGCCAACCCACAACCAAUGUGAUAUUUUCCCUCUAUAAAAUGAGAACAAUAACCUGCACCACAAGAUUGUGGUGAGGGCUUGCACGAUAACUGAGGAUGAUCUAGCAAAAGUUAAGCACCUUGCGGUCCCACUGAGAAUGAAGAUUUUGCUUAAAUCAUUCCCAUGGACAACCAGAUGGUUGCAGAGUGUUAACUCUAGCUGAAUCAUGCCCAGAAUUUGUAAAGCACUUUUCACAUCAAAAGUGCUAUAGAAAUAGCAAGGACUAACUAACUAACUAACUAACUAACUAGACAAAUGUUCAAGUGCUAUUUGUGUGUGCUAAUUUUGGUUGGAAGUGCUCGUAUUGAUGGUAAAGACAAGGCUUUUAACUACAGAUCUGAUUUUCCUUUCUGUUGUUUUUUUUUUUUUUUUUAAUAAUAUUUAUUGGUUUUACAAAAACAAAUUCCAAAAGAUGUGGAAAAAUACAAAAAUUCGACAAACAGAAAACAACAAUAACCAUAACAAAAAGCAAACAUAGAUAACAAUAUCCCUGACACAAAAAGGAAAAGGAAAAAAAGGAAAAAAAGAAAAAAAGAAAAAAAGACAGAAAAAUUUAAAAAGUAAUAUACUUUCAUUUAACCUUCUUAUCAUUACCUAUUUCUUUGACUUCCCCACAUCUCCCCGCUUGUAUUUCCAUUUAAAAACUCCUUUCAGCAAAUCCUUACCCUCCUUUCUUUAUCUUAACUCAAAGUUAAUCUAUUUAUAUAUAAAUAUUACAGCUUUAUCCAUCAAAUAUUCCAUGCUCUUAAUCACAAGACUUUUGCCAAUACCAGUUGUUUUCAAUCAGACCUCAAUUUAACAUUCAUUAAUUUUAUAGUAUUUCUGUAGAUAGUCUUUAAAUUUCUUCCAGUCUUCUUCCACCGACUCUUCUCCCUGGUCACGGAUUCUGCCAGUCAUCUCAGCCAAUUCCAUAUAUUCAGUUACCUUCGUCUGCCAUUCUUCCAGAGUGGGUAAAUCUUGUGUCUUCCAAUACUUUGCGAUGAGUAUUCUUGCUGCUGUUGUUGCGUACAUGAAGAAAGUUCUGUCCUUUUUUAACACCAAUUGGCCGACUAUGCCCAGGAGAAAGGCCUCUGGUUUCUUAGGGAAGGUAUAUUUGAAUACCUUUUUUAAUUCAUUAUAUAUCAUUUCCCAGAAAGCCUUAAUCUUUGGGCACGUCCACCAAAGGUGAAAGAAUGUACCCUGAUUUUCCUUUCUGGCAGCAGUGUGGAAUAGAAAGGAUUUGGUAAGAAUUUUGCUCUUGUCCUUCCUCCACAUCUUGUUUCCCAACCUUUUCCUCCGUUCCAUUGUCUGGACCUGACAAUCCUUGGUUUCUUCUGUAUUGUCUGUUCUUAAAAAAAAUAAAAUAAAAAUCCUGGCAGGAGAAUCUGAUCUUUUUAGCUUGUGCUGAUGCUUCUUUGCUCCUGAAUAAAUAUUCCCUUUUGUGUCCUUGCAGGUGGAUGAAAAGAGAACGGUGGAGAGGAGGUUGUCAGAGGGUGACAAACAUUCAGAGAAUGUGCUUGUCAGAAAGGUGAGAGCAGUCUUUAAUGACAAUUUCUGUGAACAGGGAGCAGGGUUGACUGGCUUAAUUAACUAACCAUCAGCAUUUGACAACAGAAAACUCCAAUUCACAAGUCAAUUCUGACUAAAUGCACAAGAAGAUUCUGACUAAACCUAAGGAAGGACUUUCUGACAGUAAGAGCAGUUUGACAGGGGAACAGACUACCUUGGGAGGCAGUGAACUUGCCUUUAUUGUUGGUUUGCUUUUUAAAAAACAUUUUGAGGUUUGUCUCAGGUGCCAAAAUGUCUUGGGCCGGCCCUGACAGUGGCUAGCUACAGCAUGCACAGCUGAACUACUUAAAUGAACCAGUUGGCUUUGUGCCCUGAUUUGCCACGGAGAGCAUCCUAGUGCUCAUGCGUUGGCCGCAGUAUUACCACCAGUACUGCAUGGACAGUGACAGCAGUGAAUGUAGGAGGAGACGGAACUACAGGAAAUUCUGCUUAAGGUCUUUAGAAGGAUUCUUCCCUAUCAGCGAAUAAGGCAAUUUUGCUUGCCACUAUGUUUAUCUCACACUGAGGUGACUUGUGGGCACAAGACAGGUGACCUCAUUGUAAACAGAGAUGUGUCAGUUACAGGUAGGUAGCUGUGUUGGUCUGCCGUAGUCGAAACAAAAUAAAAAAAUUCCGUCCAGUAGCACCUUAGAGAUCAACUAAGUUUGUUAUUGGUAUGAGCUUUCGUGUGCAUGCACACUUCUUCAGAUGCUAAAGGGGUAAAAGCAAGCACCUGAUGCACCGUUAAUCGAUGGUUUGGUCCAGCCAAUCCGUUUCCAGUACAGUGGUACCUCGGGUUACAUACGCUUCAGGUUACAGACUCCACUAAUCCAGAAAUAUUACCUCAGGAUGAGAACAGAAAUCAUGCUCCGGCAGUGCCGCGGCAGCAGGAGGCCCCAUUAGCUAAAGUGGUGCUUCAGGUUAAGAACAGUUCCAGGUUAAGAACGGACCUGCGGAACGAAUUAAGUACGUAACCAGAGGUACCACUGCAUGGUGCAAUGCUAAGUAAUGCCGUUUUGUGGAAUGCCAUCAUAGUGCUGUUCAGCACACAGGCCACCAGAGGGUGCCAGAAGCACAGCACGGCUUUAGCCAUCCUCACCUGAGUAUAUUACAUUUUCAAACAGCAAAGGAAUAGGAGGGGGAACUUGCUUGCCAAGUCCAGUGCUUUAAUUUGACAAGGACUGCAGGCAAGGUGCGGGAGGGACCUGCUUUACUUGGAGUGCAAAACGAAGCCAUGGUGCUUUGCUUGAGGCUGAAAAGGUUUGUGGCAGGAAAAUGCUCAGGCUGGGCAUGCGACGCCUGUUCUGUUCCUGCGCCAUCCUUGUACCACCGUGCAAAUUCUUUCACUGCUCCAUCAAGCCGUAUGACUAAGACCUGUCACACGCGAUUCAUUCUUGCAGCUGUAGUAAGCUCUUUGGGAAGGAGGGGUGUUGAUCCAGAGGCUGCUAACUGCCGGCGUUAACAACGAAAAACACGUCAGUCUCAGAUUGCAAGGGGCUGACUCUUUUUUUGCAGUAGAUUUGGCCCUGCUCACUGUUCAGCACAGACCCAGAAGGAAGCCUUGGCUCCCUUGAGCCGACGAAUGCUCGUAAUUAACGGAGCACAAAUUGAAUAAGCCUCCCUUUCCCGGUGAAGUGAUUCAUUAGCCUGAGCUCCAGCUGCAGCCCAGGGAGCACGGUGAUCUGAUCUGAUCUGUGUCACUCCCUUAUGGCCCAAGAAGCACAGCUGUGGCCAAGCUGAGCUGAGGCCCUGGUCAGCGUGGUAAACAGCUCCCUGCCCUGGCCCUGAGCUGGUUCCCAACAGUGAAUAUCUGCUGCUCACUUCCUUAAUACAAAGUGCAGUCAUCCUUGGAAAAGCUGGGUUGCUCCUUACAUCUCAUAUUGCCCAGAAGAUACAUGAUUCAGCAGGCAAAUCUGUAAACAUGAGCUGCCUCCCCCACCCACUUCAAGCCACACUUUCAGUUCGAGUUGGCUAUAUUCUACAAAGCAGUUCAUCAUCCCUUCUGAUGGCAGUUCCACCCCUCAUUUAGACUGAGGGGGUGUUGAUAUUUGGGAAUCUAUCACUCUUUUUUGAGCUAUUAAAAAUAAGCAUAUUCUGGCUAAAUCCAGAGUCUCUCACUUGAGCUCAUAAGUCAACAAACAGUGGACACCAGCUGGGAUUCUUGCUGAUCGAUUUGCCAGGUUUGGAAUAUUCAUUCCAAUUCCCCUACACAGUAAUCUCCUAGAUGUCCUGGAUACAACCCCCCCCCUCCGAAUCAUAGAUUUCAUUCACCUGCUAUUCUAGUGAUCCAACAGGCUCUCUGAUAUAGAAAUAUAUCUCUUAUUUCUCAUUUCCUCUUCCCAAGCAUCAAACUCCUGAGUCUGGCAGGUGAGGCGCAAGUAUGGUCAUGGGAAGCAAUUUUGGGGAGGCCAGAAACAGAAGUGGCUGGAGGGUGUCCUGAGCCUCUGGGGUGCUUUUCUAUUGCUCACAGCAGAGAUCCUAACUUCUUGCUUCUCCACCCACAUGUGGGAUGGGCUUGUCAGGCCCCUAAAUUCCCUUUGGUGGAGAAGUAAAGUGUUGCUGUUCUUUCUCUCCUUUGCCCACCCACAUAGGUGUGUCUCCUUGGCAACAGGUUCCUCAGCCUCUAAUUUUCCUCAGUUCUAUUUUGAUCUGCAAUGAAAUGCCAAGGGUGUUAAUUCUUGAUCAGGGUGUGUGCGUGCGUGUGGCCGUCUUUGAAGGGGAGAAAUAUGGAAUAUGGAUUUAUCCGCAGACAAUGAACGUCACAGGAUGUGUAUAUUCAGCAAUAUGCUCUGGGGCCUCCCUUCAGUUCAGAGAGCUGCUGGUUGGCUCCCACAUCUGGUGGGCUACACUAAACUCUUGCUGUGUUGAUGGCUUUCUUUCAAAUUCAUUCCUUCUUGUUCUGAGCAGCCACUUUUCGUUAAGGUCUUAAGCAUUCAAGCAAGACCAGCAUUCAGCUGCUACAACGCCGAAUGGAACAAUAAAUCAUGAGGCCUCAGGCAGCGCAAGCAAACAAAUUUCCUGCUCAAAGUACAUUGUUCUGACUUGUAUACUGGAGGCUCAUUAUGCAGCAUGCUCUGAGCUCCCUGUCCUUCUGGGACCAACUAUACAGGUACAAACAUUUAUACGUAGUGCAGCACUAUAGCACUUUUCCCCAACAUAGUGGACGCCAGAUAUUUUGGACCACAAUCCCCUUCAACCCACAUCAACAUGGCAAUGCUGGCUGGGGCUGAUGGUAAUUGUGGUGCAAAAUACAGUGGUACCUCAGGUUACAGAUGCUUCAGGUUACAGACUCCGCUAAUCUAGAAAUAGUACCUUGGGUUAAGAACUUUGCUUCAGGAUGAGAACUGAAAUUGUGUGGUGGUGGCGCGGUGGCAGCAGGAGGCCCCAUUAGCUAAAGUGGUACCUCAGGUUAAGAACAGUUUCAGGUUAAGAACAGACCUCCAGAACGAAUUAGGUUCUUAACCUGAGGUACCACUGUAUCUGGAGGGCACUAGGUUGACAAAGGCUGCUUUAUAGUGUGGCAUAGUGGCUAGUUCAUGAGGUGUUAACUAGGAACGCCCAGUCUCAGCUGUCAUCUCACUAGGCGGCCAGAGUUGGGCCACUCUCCCUCAAUCUCACCAUCCCAUCUGCGGUAUGAGAUAAAUAGUGGCCUGUCUAACCAUAGGACUGUCCUUUUCUUUAGGUAGAGGUGACUGUCUCAGGCAGCUGAUUUGGGUCAUGAAAAGGCAGCCAGCUGUUUGUUAUUUAUUUUACAUUAUUGUAUUUUUCCUGCAAGAGAGAAGGAGAGAGAGGGGGGGGGGGUUGCCACAAGGUCCAAAAGAAGGUGUUCAGCCUUGGGUACCAGGCCCCUUGAUUUGAGGAGGGCACCAUUUACUGCUCCAGCUCAGGUAGUGAGCAUCUGUUUUAACAAAUCUUGCGAACAAUGAGCUGUGCGAGCCAUUUGUGUAACUGUGUGUGCCAAAUGAGCAGUUAGCCAUUUGCAUUUGCCACCUCAGGAGUGUGCGGUGUCAACUGUUCAUUAAUCGGCAUUAGGUGCCUGUGCAGAAUUAUCUGUUCUGACAAAGUAUUUUGUCAGGUGUUGAAUCCUGGAGUGCUUCUUGGAAGAGCAUCAACACAAAUGUGUGCAUGGGUCGUUUGGAAGCCCACACAGAGGAGAUAGUUCCUUUGUUCCUUAGGGUCCCCAGACAUUGACACCUAGAUGCCUCCAUUGCAGAGCAUCCUUUGACUUUCUGCAGCUCAGGAGGAUAUAGGAAAUACAGAGCAUUUAAGCUACCCAAGACUCUCAGAUUACUCAAGCAGGGGAUUUUGAGUUGGGUGACAUGCAACAAUAUAUUCCUAGCCACAAUCUCCAAAUGAUACAAGUUUCCAGGGGUUCCAGGUACUUACCCAGGGUUUGUGUUUCCUUUGGAAUGAGGCACAGCAGAGACUGUGGUGUCUUUAGGUUAUAUGGCUUAAUUACACAUAAUAUACAACCUGAGCCUAUGAUGGAGGGGUUGACUUAGGCUUUGUCUUUCAAACUAUUAAAGAGCUGAAGGAGGGGCCCCACCCAUUUGCUGUCUGGCACAGAGCCCCUUUUCCUUUGUUCUCUUAAUAGCCCAUCUCCCAGGUAAUUACCUCAUGAGGAAGCUAGCCUGUUUUAUAUUUUAACACUUGCUGAUUUAAGGGAUUAAAGGAUUCUGGCACCACAAACUCAUAACAAUGUAAAGAGGAAAGAGGGCAGGCCAAUACAUUGUUUUUCUUUUUGGUCGGCCAUUUAUAAUUAGUGUUUUAUUCUUCCUUUUACAAUGUUCCGCUAUACUAUUUUUCUUACUUUGUUGCAUUUUAGUUAUUUGAUUGUUUUAGGGUUUGUUUAUUUUUAGUUUUGUAAACCAUUGUAAUAUCUCCAUGAAUUGUGGUAUAUAAAUACUUUAAACAAACAAACAAACAAACAAACAAACACACACACACACAAAUAAUAAGCUAAGUAGUAUUUUUUACUUGUUUUUUAAAGCAUAAUUAUACUGCCUUUUAACUAUACAUUCUUUGAGGUGGCAAAGCAGGUGGUGCUGUGGUCUAAACCACUGAGCCUUUGGUGAUCGGAAGGUCGGCAGUUCGAAUAUGUGCAACGGAGUGAGCUCCCAUUGCUCUGUCCCAGCUCCUGCCAACCUAGCAGUUCAAAAGCACACCAGUGCAAAGAGAUAAAUAGGUACCACUGUGGUUGGAAGGCAAACAUCAUUUCCGUGUGCUCUGGCUUUCAUUAUAAUGUCCAGUUGCUCCAGAAGCGGUUCAGUCAUGCUGGCCACAUGACCCGGAAAGCUGUCUGUGGACAAACGCCAGCUUCUUCAGCCUGAAAAGCAAGAUGAGCACCGCACCACAUAGUCACCUUUGAUUGGACUUAAUAAAGAGGUCACCUUUGAGAUGGCUUAAAAUAUUAAUAACCAAUAGGCUCAGUUUGCAUUAAAAUCCAAUUAAAACAUCACAAAACAGUGAGAUAUGUAAGCAAAACAACAAAAAUAGCAGCAGAUAAAAAUAGCUUCCCAAACUGGAGCAGGAGCUGAGAAAUGGAACCGCAAGAGAAUAGCAGCUCAGCCAUUCAAUACGUAGGUGUAAAAAAACUGCCUUCAUUUAGUCCCUAAAAGCCAAUGAUGACUUAGCACCUUAUGAUUCCAUUGGGGGGAGGCUUCUGUAAAUUGGACACCACUACAGAGAUGACUUUCUUCCCUGUCAGCACCUACCUUAUUUCUGCAGGUGAGGGUGCCUGGAGCAGGACUUCCAAAAAAGACAGCUUCACAGGGUCAAGCAGCACAAAAAACCCCCAAUGAUCUUUAUAAAAGCCCCUCCAGACAUCGUUUUCAUUCUGUGUUCAUGAUUAUGGUGCUAUUGGAAGUGGCCAUCACAAUCCAGCUUUCAACGCUAGUUGCACCUGCAAGCAUUUCAGGGUGGCCAGACUGCUUCGUUACUAAUUGGUGUAUAUCCUGUAGCCUGAAAUCCCAUAACUUUUCACAUCACAAAUGUUCUGGGUUGUUGUUUUUUUAUUGUCCUUCUUCUUGUUGCACCUGAGUCCUCUGGGCAGCAAUAAUGUGGGGACACUAGGAAAGCAGCCCAGAGCAACUAAUAAAGCAGAAUAAAUCCACCACUAAGGCAAUUCUUAUUAUGGCAAAAACAUGCUGUGGAAUAUGCCCACAAUAAGACACUUUGCUUGCGACACCACUUUUGAGAGCUGAUCAAACUAGGCCCAAAUAGUAUCGAAGCUUCCUGACUGGCAAGCAUGAUGGUGAAGUGAAACUUGGGCAAGCCUAGACACACCUACUUCCUCCUUCGCAUUACUUCCCCUUUCACUACCCUUUCUGAAGUCAGAAUAGCUGCAUCCAAGUGCUGAAGGAGCUGAGUUGUCGCUGAGAAGCCCUUCAAGCAGCCACCCAUUAUACGAAUUGGAUUGGCCAUAAUGCAAGGAGGUGAGAUGGUCAGCCAAAGGACCAGCAGAUCGAAACAGCCUGAGAGAUUCAUAAUUGCUGCAGUGAUCAUCAACUUGAACUCUGGAUGCCCAGGAAGUCUUCCCACAUUAAUCACAUAUUGUUUUGUUUGAAUUAGGAGAGAGGAAAAUCUCCCCAGAAGAGCCCAGGGGAUAAGGGCUCUACCCUGACUGGGAGAGAGCGGUCGGAAUACAUGCGGUGGAAGAAGGAACGGGAUCAGAUUGACCUGGAGCGACUGGCACGCCACAAGAACGCAAGGGGGGAAUGGCGGCGGGCUUGGGACACAGAAAAAUCAGAGCACAUGUAAGUUGUCUCCCAGUCAACACACACUCUGCAGGCUGUAGGCCAGGCGUGGCCAAACUUGGCCCUCCAGCUGUUUGGGGACUACAAUUCCCAUCAUCCCUGACCACUGGUCCUGUUAGUUAGGGAUGAUGGGAGUUGUAGUCCCAAAACAGCUGGAGGGCCAAGUUUAGCCAUGCCUGCUGUAGGUCAUCUUUUACCAACCCAGUGCCCUCCAGAUGUUUCGGACCCGGGCUUUUUCAGCCACAACUCACCAGAGCUCAGUUCUGGCACCUCUCAGGUGCCAUUGCCAUUCAAAGAGAACAAGGGAAGUGUUCAUGGUGAGUUCCGGUAUCUAUUUUAUAAAAAAAACAAAAACAGUUUUAGACUACAACUCCCAUCAGCCUCCCUGUGCUUGCGCUUGAUGGGGCUGGUGGGAAUUGCAGUCCAAAACAUCUAGAGGGUACCAGGCUGGCCAAGGCAGAUUGUAUCCUGCAAAGAGGUCAGUGAUAGGAAAAAUAUCCUGGUGGGAGCUAGACAGCUGAUGGGAAGUAAUAUGCUUCAUGCUACUCUUGGGGCUUUGUGGACUUUAUGGGGCUUGUGAUUGCUAGAGAAAAAGGGUAGUAUAUCAAUGUCUCUGCCUAAAUAGAUGGCUCAGAGUCAACUACCCACAGAGGAUCCAUUAUAAGAUGGACUCUCCUUCCUUGGAGGUUUUUAACCAGAGGUUGGAUGGCUGUAUGCCAUGGAUGCGUUAGUUGGGAUUCCUGCAUUGCCAGGGUUGGACUAGAUGACCAUUGGGGUCCCUUUCAGUGCUAAAAUUCUAUAAUUCUAUGAACAUCAGGGCAUGUGCAAGUUAAGGAGAAGAAGGCAACUCAUGUUGAUAAGAAAAGGGCCCCUUGUAAAGGAGGACAUCACAAUUUAUAUUCAUUUAACUAAAAGCCAGUCUAAUUUAUUAGUGAAUGCCCUCCAUACAGCCCACAGGGAUUCUGAAGGGAGAUACUGGUUAUUUUGUAUUUUAAUACUGACCUAAAAACACAGAAUUUGCAGCCAGCCACUUGGCAAAACUGUUUGGCAGCAGUUUUCAGGGCAGGCAAAAGCAAGGACUGUUUCAUAACAAGGGGUAGGUUCACACAGUCAUUGUUAAUGUGUUAAAUUUAACAUGACCUUUUGGGAAGAUUCUUCUCUGCCCCAGCUUCAGACCUGAACUAUUCUUCUUUCAUUUGCAGGUUUGAUGAUACUAAAGAUGGAGAGCCAGCUUUGGAUUGUGUCCACAACAAGAAAGGUGAGCAAAGGACUGGACAUGUUUACCAGCAACUGCUUUUCUGACUGCUUUUAACUGUUCUAGAAUUGCUUUCCUUUUCCUUUUUGUGCUUAAAUUGUGGAUCUGUUGGCCUCCGCUCCCCAGACUCCUUCACGAGGAAGGACAAAAUAGACAUUCAAUAAGUGAAUAAAUAAGUUGAUGUCAGGUUCAAAAAAAUGCAACUCUUGGAUAUCUUGUUUGCUUUGUCUCAGAUAUCCAGGCCUCUGCCAAUGUGGCUCCAAGUCUCAAGGCUACUUCUUUCAUACCUUUUUAAAGUCAUGCCUUUGUCAGAAGCUGCUGGGCCCUUGUCACUCCCAUCCCAGUUUUUCAUGUCUUCAUUUUGAGGUGUGACUCACAGUAGUAGUUUUAUGUUGUUGAAGUGGAUGGUGGAAGACACCCCUAAACCCGGUGUGCAAACUUUCAAGAGCAGUUGCCAAGCCAAUCCUGUUUCUGUGUGGCUCUCUAGGUGGGGAAAAAAGCAUGUGUGUGGGAAUAGCAAUGUUAAGCAGUGUGUCCAGUGUUUUGGAACGGGGGUUGGGGUUGGGGAAUCAUGGGCAACUCUCAAAGAUUCUUGCACUGUGUUCUUUCUUUACUCAUGUGAGUUCUUUAUUUCUGUACCGGUUGGGGAUAUGAGACAGUUCCAGCGUUAAAGUGCAAAUAAAACAAUAAUUUUUGUUCUGCACCAUAAAGAAAAAGUCAGAGCACAGCUUGCUUCUUAGGGCUCUCAUGUGUGCUGCACGGUAUUCUCUUGAGAUGUUCCCUAGAACUCCAUCCCUGAACUCUGCAUUCACCAGAAGGGACACUCCAAUUGCCUAUAUUGACUAGGUCAAAAUCCACUGUCUGCCUUUGUAAUAUAAUGAACCAUAGACUGACUAUUGUGAAAAUUGGAAAGUUUCUAUCUUGGGGGUGGGGGUUAGAAAAGAGACAGAAGACAAUGUGCAAUGCCUCUAAGUGAGGCAGAUAGAAAUCAAAUUCCAUGUUCCGAUUCACAAAACAAAAGAUAUUUGGAAGCAACUUUCCAAUAAAUGUUGAAGAUUUUAACCUGCACAUAGAUUUCUAAAAAAAAUUUCCCCUUUUUUUUUGCUCACCACUGUUAUACUAGCUGUUUUUUUAAUUCCCUUUUCACCAAUUUUUAUAUUAGCUGAUGAAUCACCUGAUCCUCCCUUUCCUAGAUGUGCAAACUGUUUUUACAUCAAAUUAGGCAAUCUGUGCUCUGCUGCUGCUGCUGCUGCUGCUGCUGCUGGGGGAUGGAAUUUGUUGUUACAUGAUCCUGCUCUGUUACAUGCUUUGUCCUUUCAAGGAGGAAGAAAUGCGAGGAAGUCCCAGCACCGAACCUUGCCUUCUGAAGGAAAAAGUGAGUAAGUCUCAGGAACAGGGCUGAGUUCAGUUCAGCCGUAAUGUAAAUGCUGGCUUUCUUUUCCAUGUCAGAAGUAUCACAAAAACAUUUCCUAGAUAGGAAGUUUUUGCCCCCAAGACCAUCUUGCCAUCACUCCAGGCCCAUAGUUAAUGUUCCAUUUGUAGAGGCCCUGGAUAUCAUGCAACUUUCCCUGACCUUCAGAUGCUAAUUGCAAAUAUUUAUAUGGGUUUAUGCUUCCUUCCAUUGCUAUACUGCUGCUGCUAUUUCUUGCACCUUUCUGUGACAUCACAGCUCGCUGGGAAUAUUUGGGACACUGAAGUAAAGGAGAACUGAAAUCCCCCUCCCCCAAAAGCAGAAUUCAUCGACCCUAUACUAUCUCUUUCCUUGCAAAGAGGGCACACUGCUGGCUAACAGCCAAGGACAAAGCUGACGAGAAGCAGAGCAGAAAUGCUGUAUGCUAGGAGGCAGGCUGGGAAUGGUUCCAUAUAGGACAAUCAGAGUGGGCACGUUGCAGGCGUUAUAGUUUCCAGACAUGUGAACCAAAGCUUUGCAACCAGGGAGCAUUCUGGGAAUAGUUGAAGAAGAGGACUGCACCAGGAAGUUCCAAGGACUUUGUGGCUGAAUAGCCUACAGAGAUGGCACAAGGGGUGGGGGGAGAGUGGUAUUUGGAUAACCAAAGAAGCAAGCAAGGAAAUAACUGAAUCAGGACAAAAAACACCCCCACUGUUUGAUUUUGGAAGUUUGCUUAGGCAUUUCUAGCCACCCUGCCUCCCCCUCUCCCUGCUAUGAAGAGCCAGGCAAUCUCCCACCUAUACACUGACCAGAUCCAGACCUGCUUAGCUUCAGCAAGCUUGCUGAGUGGCACACGCCUUCAGACCAAAAUCCUGAAACCCCAUGAAAGUGGACACUUUUAUCUUUCUCAGUGCAAUCCCCUCGUCCCUGGCUAACUGCAUGGGUGACAUCCAACUAAACAGGCCAGUGCAGUGACGUUCAGCUGCACAACGUAACUUCUCAACCUUCUCCUCAUCCCAUGCUCCCCCCUCAAUCUGUUCCGGAGAGUAGGGGGAACCCCUGGAAAAGAGGUGCACAGGGAGAGAAAAAGGUGGGGAGGUUACACUAGAGCAAAACGCUUUAGCUGUGCAAUGUAACUGUUUCAUUGGAUACCAUCCAAGGAUUCUGUGACACUUCUUCUUCCAGUCCUCAUGGCUGCUGGGCCCUUCUUUAGCCAUGGAUGUCAGAACUGUGGCAUAUUGUGGCCUGGUGCUGGACUGGCUAGCCUCAGCUCAUGGCAUUUUUCUUUUAGGUGGAGGUCAGCACAGAAGAAGCACCAGUGAGUCUGCUGCCAGAACAUUGCCAGUAGUGAGCAGUAAAGCCAGAGGGAAGGACAGACUAACAGGCAGAGCCAGAAGGUAAGAGAGCAGCUUUCAAUGGGACUUCACUGCCUCUGGUGGGAGGCCUGCUCAGCCUAUAUGAGCAUCUCCACUCAGGCCUUAUCCACACUUCGGGUUGCCAUAUUUCAAAAAGUAAAAACCAGGACAUCCUGAAAUUUGUUGAGCUUUUUUACGGAAACCCCCAAGUUGUUGUGCUUCUUUAAGGAAAACCCAAUUUUUCUACUGACUUGCCUAAGAUCCAGGACAAAGCACCGCCUUUCAGAACCCCCCCCCAUGUCAAUUCCACCUUUGAAAUCCUGGUAAUGUCUGGGAAAAGCAAGUCAUAUGACAGCCUUGUCCACCCUUACCUUUUGCCCCAUCCUUUCCAAGCUCAGCCCCAUGCUUCAAAGCUCCGUAUCCAAAUGUUCUUUUUCCCCACCCUGGAGUGUUCCCCACGAAAACUCGCUCUAUAAAGCAGAAGUGCAACAAAUGGCAAUUGAGGUUUUCAACAAAUUGCCAUUUGCUCCAAUUCAGUGGUUUGUUGAAAGGGAGACGUCAGUAACACAAAAUGCUAAUGGAGACUGCUACUCCCAAUUCUUAAGAAAAGUGAAGACUUCUUUACUUAUUUGACACCAGAUGUCAAAGAGAACAACAACUACCAGACUUUUAGAAGACAUCUGAAGGCAGCCCUGUUUAGGGAACCUUUAAUGUUUGAUGAAUUACUGUGUUUUAAUAUUUUGUUGAAAGCCGCUCAGAGUGGCUGGGGAAGCCCAGCCAGAUGGAUGGGGUAUAUUAUUAUUAUUAUUAUUAUUAUUAUUAUUAUUAUUAUUACAGUGCCAUCCUAACCAUGUGUAUUCUGAAGUAAGUGCUGUUGAAUUCAGUGAGGUUUACUCUUGGAAUCAAAUCUCAUCCAACUAUGUUGUACAUUUCACAAAUUAACUAAAACAAACUAUUUGCAGAACAGUGUCCCUAGUGUCAUAAUGCACAGCCCAUCUUCAUACUCACUGCCACCAUCUCCAGCUCAUGUACUGUUCGAUUAGUUGCUGAUCUCAGAGCUCUUGCCAUUCCAAAAUUUGACUUUCAAUGGACAAGCACUUUCUUCCCUUUAAAACUUACCAAUUACAGUCCCUUUCGGUGGGUAGGGGGCAGUAUCAUGAAUAAACUGUUUCAAGAAUAGAUUGUAUCACUAAGGAAAAUGCACAUGAAUACCCAAAGGCAAUGACUCCAGGAAGAUAAUUGCAACAAAUCAUAUUUCCUUUUUCCAGACUAUACUGAAAAUGAGUUCAGUUGCAUGAGUAAUUCUUUGUUAAUCUGUCCCAAAUCCGGAGUGGGGGCUAGAAUAGUGCCAAUAGGAGGUUUUUCCCCCUAGCUGCAUAAUUUUCGUCAGGAUUGUGGCUGGGUAGGAAAGUGUUAAACUUUCUUUCUCCAGUACACUACAGUACUGGAGAGCCAGUGUGGUGUAGUGGUUAAGAGCGGUGGACUUGUAAUCUGGUGAACCGGGUUUGCGUCUCCGCUCCUCCACAUGCAGCUGCUGGGUGACCUUGGGCUAGUCACAUUUCUCUGAAGCCUCUCAGCCCCACUCACCUCACAGAGUGUUUGUUGUGGGGGAGGAAGGGAAAGGAGAAUGUUAGCCGCUUUGAGACUCCUUUGGGUAGUGAUAAAGCAGGAUAUCAAAUCCAAACUCUUCUACUGUGAUCUUAGUGAAAAUCCUCCUGCACCUGUAAUUAAAUAAAGCCUCCUGCCCUGCCCCCUUGCCCCACCCCACAAACAUAUCCUUAGUCAAGGAGUGCUAAGACAAGAAGCUAGAAUUUGACUUACUCUUUUUGGAAUUUUCUAGCUAUUAGACCACACUAUUGAUAGAAGCAGUUUCUGUUUAUUUGGUCUAUAGAUGUACAUCAAAGAUGGUGUGGCAUUAUCAGGGCAGUUACACUGUGGGGGGGGGGAGAGACGACAGUAUACAUAUGCACAAAUUGUGCAUUUUAAAAUGAGGCUAUAACAGAAUCCGCAAAUGAACAGAAAUUCCAUGCAAGUAUGAUUAGAUUCCUCCUAUCCUAAAUUCCAUUAAAAUCUAGUCCAGAACAUCAGAAUUGCUCUUAAAAGUGCCCUUGGCACAUUGCCAUUUGUCUCCUAUGAUUUUUCGUCUCAGAAUUGUCCACAUAUGGACAGUAACACAACUGCAAAGCAGCACAGUAUUUCCACGGCCACAGUGGGAAUAUGCAGCUUAUAUUAGGCAAGCAGUUGUUAUGCAUGAGAAGGGAAACUUAUUCUAGGAGAAAGAUGUUGUUGUUGGGCUUUUAUGGCCCAUUAAAUAUAGUCCGCUUAUUCAACUUUAUGUGUGUAUCACAAAUCACACUUGUUUUUUUAUUCCUUGCUGGUGUUUGAGUUAGAGCUUUCAAAUUAAAUCGGUGUGUUUGGACUUGCCUUUAUAAAUGAGAUUGUUCCUGAGACUUAGCCCUUGCCCGUACAGCAAACUUAAAUCUCUUGCUUCUUCCUAUAAGUAGCAUUGCUUCUGUCUGUAAUUAGGAGCAAUUAUGCCAUUUUUAUUUCUCGCAGCAUAAAAAUGCUUUAGGAAAAGGGUGAAAAUACAGCUACAUUUGCAUUUUAAAGCUCCACUGGAGUGGGAAAACAAAGCAAACCUGUAAGACCAACCACCACAGCACAGGCAAACAAAAAAAUAUAGAUACGGUUUGUUAAAUCAGGGGUAAUGAAUGGCUUAUUCUUUUAUCAGCUUUGACUUGAGCUCCCCUACCCUGAAACCUGAUAAAUUAGAUAAGGGGUCAGCAACCUUUUGCAGCCAUGGACCGGUCCACCAUCCCUCAGACCAUGUGGUGGGCCAGACUAUAUUUGGGGGGGGGGGGAGAACAAAUUCCUAUGCCCCACCCAGAGAUGCAUUUUAAAUAAAAGCACACAUUCUACUCAUGAAAAACACUCUGAUUCCUGGACCAUAAACGCGCCGGAUUGAGAAGGCGAUCGGGCCGCAUCCGGCCCCCGGGCCUUAGGUUGCCUACCCCUGAACUAGAUAACACCAUAGCAGUACUUGGAAAGCAGUUCUCCCCCACUUGUAAUCAUCGGGGCAGAAGCUGAGGCUGGAAGGCAAGAAGUGAUCAUUGAGUCUGGUAAUAAAGUAAACAGUGGGGAGCAAGAGAAGAAUGGUAACUCUGAUCACAAUACCCACCGUGUAACCACCUUCAGUGCCACCAUAAGAUAUAUACAAGGUUAUAGCCACAUCCAUAAAAUACUACUGUCCCCCUCUCAUGAAAGUGUAAUGAAGUCCUUCUUGCUGGAGACACAAUUCCCAGCCCAGAGAGUGUAAUUUGAGCACCAGAAUCAGGUCAUUUGCAAACCCAGCUUCUCCAAGCACACCAAGGUGGAGCUCGCCCUCCAGCAGAAGAGUGUGAGUGCCCCAUCUCACAGUGCUUCGCCAACAGCAGGUGUUGUCCAGCAGUGGCAGUGGUGAAAUUGCAUUUAUUUCAGAAAGGCAGUUUCCCACCCACCUCCUAGAGUGGUACGAAUAGCAAUUCCCCAUAGGAGUUCAGAGUAGUGGCAACAGCGCUGCUCAGUAUCCAACAGUGCUGCUGCUUCCGCCACCAACCUCUGCUGAUGAGGUUUAUUUAAUUUUUUUAUAACCACCCACCUACCUGCUGACACACCUGAAGUGGCAGCAUGGUGAUGUAAACAUUAAUGACUGAAGUCCGUAGCACAGACUGGGUACCAACGGUGCUAGAACUUAUAUAAAAAUAGUAAUGCACAUGUGACCUGAAAACAGGUACAAAAGAACAGCUGCCAGUGGAACAAAUGAACAGGAAAAAUCUCAGCUUCGUGUUCAUUAAUCUCUUUUUCUAAAAGGCAUUAGCAACGCCCUCGUUCUGUGUUAAUACAGUACUGUAAGAUUGGGGUUUAAACAGAAGGGCUUUAAUGAGUCCAGGAGUAGUGCUAGAGAUUGACAACAGUCCUAGCCAAGUUGCCAAGUAACAACUCCCCCCUAUAGUUUUGGAGAUUGGCUGAUAGUUCUAAACUGCUGCUGUUCACAAUGGCUAGGAAAUAUCUGAAGGGGAAAUAACUGUUAUGAAUUGGGGGGGGGAGGGGCUGUACGCCCUUCUAAUUCCUGGAUCCAGCAAGUGUUAAAAUCUGAGCAAAGAUUCAGAUUCCUGGAAUAGUCAGGCUAGUUUCCUGGUGAGGUAAUGGGUCAUUAAGGAAACAAAGGGAGUGACUCUGUGCCAGAUGCCAAAUGGCACAAACUUGCUGGUAGUUAGAAAGACAAAAGUCAGAGUGGAGAGUGGCAUGAUGUGAGCUAGAAGCUGGAAGCUGGAAGCAGCAGGCUGGGAAGCUAGAGAGUCAAAGCAAUGCCUUUUUCUGGCGGAAUCAAAGGCUGUGGCUAUGGGAGAAGGAAGACCCUCUUGGGGUGUUAAUGCUGCGAGCCCCUCCAUCAUAGGCUGAGGUUGUAUAUAUGUGUAAAUAAACCACAUAUCCUAAAGACACCACAGUCUUCUCUGUGUCUCAUUCCAAGAAAACUCAACCCUGGGUAAGCACCUGGAACCCCUGGAAACUUGCACCGCUCAGAGAUUGGGGUGGCAUGCAACAUAAUUCUUGCAUGCACCCCCAGCUAAGAAUGAGGUGAUCUCCCUGUGAAGAGAAAUUGCCUUGACAGUGACAAAGUCUGGCACAUAAAUGGAGAUUCCUUCCAAACCUCCUGUCCGUUGAGCAUUCAUCCCAAUUUGGUUGCACAACAUUUGUGGGAAGGUUCAAAGAGGGCCAUUUAGUGAGCAUUCUCAGGGAGGUGAUGCAAUUUUCUGUCAAGCAAGUGGUAUUCCACAUUUCCUACUGCAUUUUACUGUCACUUUCCUUAUUGCAAAGUCCAAUUUGAGUGGGGAGGGAGAGACAAUUCAGCUUUAGUUGUGCAACCUGAAUUUGUCAGUAUGAACUAAGAUAGUGAACUUUCCUCUAUCACUCCAUCUGCACACUGAGGAAAACUGAGUCACUUGGAUUUCUGCUUUCCUGGAAAAAGUGCUCCAAUUAGUUGUAUUUUCCCUUGUAUACUGAAGAAUAUAACCUCCCUGUAAAUAUACUGUACACAUUGCUUUGCUAAAUUUUGUACUAUUUUAAUAGAAACUUGAAUAGAGUCUGUGUCAGGAAAAGAGGCAGCAACUCACUUGUUACUUGCUCUGUGUGUGUGAAAUAGAAGAUACUCUGGAAUACAUUCCUUCUCUUGGUGUUAGUUCGCAAACUGUGGCAGACAGCUCCAUAAAUCACUGGUACAUGCUGUUAGUCUAAUGACAAAUGUCUGGGAAUAGAAAUUUGAUUUUAUGGUUUUUAUUAUAUUACAGUUUUAACAAUCAGCUUGUGAAAGAUUAAUGGCCCCUGAUGAACCUUUGGAAUUAAGAUGAAUAUGCUCUUUAGAUGCUGCGAGUGCAAACGUUGUGAUGAAUCUGGACAAUCUGAGCCUCUUUAUAAGAAGGAUUGCAGCAAGAGCUAACAUGGUUUAUAGGCAGUUUCCAAAAACGGAGGCAAGCAUGAGCAAGAGCAGACCUCCUGUGCUCUCACUCCCUGGUUUUUGAGAACUGCUUAAAGAAACAAUAACAAGGAACACAGACUUAAUCCCAACUCAGACUCCUCAUCCUCUGAUAUCAUAGUAGAUAGUCAGUGGUUACAUGCUUCACCUUUUCUUCUUAAUGACUGGUUGUUACUGGUGGAAAACAUGGAAUCUUGUCUAAGGUUGUGUUCAAGACCCUCUGCUCUGCAAGGAGAUGGAGCUCCCAUAUUAGGCAGAACAGCUAUUAUCCAAAAGGGAGUCCUAUCAACAUUUGACAACCCUCAUUUUUUGUGUGAUGUUUUACAGAUGGGAUGCCAAGGAAGGUGAAGAAAUGCCCUUUGUAAAGGAUGAACCUGAUAAGCAGGUGAGUCUGCUCUAUAAAGUGUUGCUUAGAUCAGGAGUGGGGAACCUUUUCUGGUUCUGUGGGCCAGAUCCUUAUCAGCAUCUAUCCUCGCAGGCCAACUGUGAUGGGUGGGUAGGGCCACCCACCUGUCCUUUUGGAGCUCUUUGCAAUCCAUUUUUGUUUUAACAACCCUGGAUAAUUUGGUUUCAUCAGCAAGCUUUGCCACCUCAGGUGGGCAUGCUUUGAGGGAAACAGGCUCCUGAGAGAGGUUGGCAACGCUGGCAAGCCAGGUUUGGUCCACUGAGCAGAAGUGCCUUACCAAACAAAAUAACACCAACCCUUGUACGUUGCAUUACUUCAGAAGAGAUACAGCCCUUGGUUCUUAAGUCAUCAAAGUAGGGUAGUGUCUUCCAUUAACUGGGGGCCAAGCUGGAUGAGAUUCUCACUAAUGCCUUACCAAGCUCCUGGAGGUUUAUGUUUCUUGAACUGAAAUGCAUUUAACAGAUCUGACUGGAGUAAGGUGGUGGAGGAGAGAAAGAAGAUGCUUAACUCUUUCCCCUCACACUGCUUUAGUGUAGAUACACACAGAGAAACACAUCUAGAUGCUUUCCCUCCCGUGAUGGGAAAGAAAUGAUUCUGUAUCCUCCCUGCCCAGCCUCAAGGAUUGGGUUGUAGCUAUGAUGUAGCUAUGAACUCUGCUGUCACUGCUCCCAGAUUUUCAGCUUCAUAUAGCUACAUUUCAGUUAAAAGCAGCAGCAGCAGAUUGAUCAAACAGCUCCGAGCAUCCCUUCUACUUUGGCACACAGAGGCUUGCACUGGGAAGGUGAGAAAAGCUAAUCCUUUAACCAAUGCUUAUGAGUAUGAGGGAAGAUCCCUGUGUUACCAGAGUGGCCUGGGAAUUUCUUCAACGUUGCCUAGUCCCAGGUCACUCCAGGGCCGCUGAAUAAUUCUUUAUUACAAUAAAACAAUUAUCUUAUAUUGUGUAUAUAAUAUAUGCUGUCUCUCCAAUAAUAAAUCAUUAAUAGGCCAUGCAAUGUAUUUCAAAAGAUGCCAAAUUGAUUUUGAAGGGUUUGGCCUAAUAUGGAGAUGUUUGUGUAAAUGAUAAAUUAUUUCAUUGCAAUGAAGAACUGUGCAUAUUUUAAAGUACUGUACAUUUUCCCACUCUGGUUGCUAGGUGUGUUUUUUUUAAGGGCCAUUUGCACCUCAGUUUUUUUUGCACGCCCCAGCACUGCUUAUAAACAGGAAUUAUGUGAGCCAGACAAAUCAUUUCCUGCGUCAAGUGUGGUGUAGUGGUUAGAGUGCUGGGCUAGGACCAGGUCCAAAUCCCAACUAAGGCUGCAAUCCUAUAACCCCAUGUUGCCUUUGAAUUCAACAGGGUAUAGUUCUAAGCAGGAAUGAUUAGGAUUAUGUUCUAAGCCAUGAAGCUCACAGAAGAAGGAGAAGGAGAAGGAGAAGGAGAAGGAGAAGGAGAAGGAGAAGGAGAAGAAGUUGUAUACUGCCCUAGACUCCUUAGGGUAGUGAUAAAGCGGGAUAUCAAAUCCAAACUCUUUUCUUCUUCUAUACCCGCAAGUCUCAGUAGCUGUGCUUUAGUUUUCUCUCUAGUGAAAGGGAGACUUUAGUCACCUCUGCUAGCCAGCUACUGAUACCAAAAGCUUUGUCUGUUGUUUCUUUAAGUCAAUUGUGUAAUAAGUAACGAAGCAAAGUUUUGUCUUCUGUCAUACUAGAGAUCCUCGACCAAUGAGCAACUGAAAAAACAAGCUCUGGCUAGUGAAGCAGUCAAGGAGCAUAACUUCCCAGCAGGCCUAGAGAAUAAUAUAAAGCCCCCAGAACACAGUGCUCCCUUGCCUCAAGCCCAAAGAGAUGAAUGGAACCAAUCUGCAGGUGAAGAGCAGGGUGCAAAUGAAAAAGCCAGGAGGUGCCUAACCCAGGGCAUGUCUGCCGCAAUCAGAGCGGAUGAGACCGGGGCAGAUCUCAAACUCAGUAAGUCAGUAACUGGGACUGAUUUGUCUCCCAAGGGCAACUAUAUGAAUAGCAGCUCUUCUCAGGGAGCGCCUGGGAAUGUGGUGCAGACUUCUGGGUGCGACCUUCAAGAAAUCAAUUCCAUAGUCUAUGAAGGUGGCUUAGACAAAAGUGCGUAUUGUGAAUGGAACCCUUGUGGGGAGAAGGCAGGAAACAGUAGUGAGCUGUUGAACAAGGAAGGAGGAGGUGGUGAAGGCCAAGGGCUGAUAACAGUAGGACAAGUAGAAGAGAACCAAGUUGGUGGCCUCCAGAAGGAGAUAAUACCUGCGAAAGAAAGUGACACCGCAGCCUGCCUUGUUCGAACAGAGGAGUCCAGGCCUCCAUGUAAAGAAAUUCCAGACCCAACAAAUGAAUAUGCACAGGAAGGGGCACAAAUGAGGAACAAGGAAGAAGACCAACCCCAGUCGUGCAGUAACAAAGCACAGGAUUAAGACCGAACACACAGGGCUCCGUAGAGGCCAAAGGUGAGUGCAAUGCUAGCCCCUCCACUUGGCGUUUUAUGUAGAUUUCUAGCCUGCUCUGUCCCAAGAGCUCAAGCCUGGUAGCUCAGUUACACCUAAAAAGUUACACCAUCCAGGAAGUUCUCCUGCCCAUCCCCUACUGAAAUGAAUCAUACUUGGCUCUUGCACUGGUAGGACUGUUUUCAUUCAUUACACUGAGGUUUAAACAGAAGAACCCCCUCGUGGAUUCAGUCCUUGUCCUUUAGGAGCACAGCUCACAAUAUUUGACUGGCCACUUUAUGUUGAAGAGCUAGGCGUUAUUGUGAUGACUCUUGGAAGCUGCAUUUUCUAUAGGUUGGUCAAUUCCCACUUACUAGGCACAGAUCCUAACAUUACAUGAAUGAAUCUGCCAUUACGCUGCUAAACGGUUCACAGCAAAAGAUAGUAAGCAACAACCAGCUUCCAAAUGAUUACAAGCUGUAAUGAGAAUGCAACUCUCUUCUUCAAAGCUGCAACUCUUAAUCUUGGGCAACUCUGCUGUGAUCCUACUAAAGAUCAUCAAGACCUUUCAUUCAUUUGUUCAGAUUAUCUAGUUGGGGGUGAAAAGGAAAACCCCUGCAGAAGCAGAAUGCUCUGCUCCAGCAGUGAAUGCAGUAUGGGAGGUCUUUUCUUCCAGGUUAUACUUUCCAGACUUUUAGGUUUCAAACAAACAUAUUAAGCUGCCAUUCCCAACCUUGUUCCAAGCUGUUUCCUUCCCAGAAAACCACCAAUAUCCACAGAGCAAAGCUGAGAAACGUUGAGUAAAAUGGCUAAACUAAGAUUUUUCAUGCAUUCUUUUACACACACUAAUCUUCUCCCUCCAGUGAAAUGAAUGGGGCAACCAAAGUGCAGUAGAACUCCAUGCACAAAUCAAUGCUGUGAGAUGACUCUAGUGUUAGAGCAGGGGCCUUAGGCAACAUGGAGAUGGCAAGCUGCCCAAGGCUGGCCCAAUUAGCCACAUGUAAAGUUAGAACUUGAUUUCCUUUUCAAAAACUAAAUAAAUAAAUUGAAUUUACCAUUUAAUUUUAAAGAUGUUUAUUUUAAAAAAUGUUCAAUUGUUUAUACCCACUACAAGACUAUUCAGCAUCUAAGUAAAUAACACGGGAAGUCUCAGAUUUUGAAAUGGAUCAUAUGAUAUUUCAAACGUAGGUAAACCUUUGAAGAGCCGAAUAAUCAUGCUUUUGAAAUGUUAAAGCAGUUUAGUGUGCUUACAACCCAUGUUAAAACAAUGUCAAUGCAAAUUGUUAACACACACACACGGCUUUGCAGUAUUCUUUUUGUGUUUUAUAAUUUAUUUUAUUUUAUAUUAGUCCUGGUCUUCUGAUCUGCAGAUACAAGAAAUGGUGCUAAGAGGAACCAUUAGAGAAACUAUAGCAAAACCCUUUGCUUGUAACAUGAAGUUUCUUUUUUAUCAUUAUCACCAUCAAUCACUAUUACUUAUUAAUAAGACUUGUCUAACUUGAUGAUCUGAAAUUGCCUUAGGUUAAAAAAAAAAGACUUGGUAGAAUGUUGAGGUUCCUGCUCGUCCCACACAUUUCAUGUCAAGUUGUAAGACCAUCUUUCUUCAUAUUGCCAUCCAUCAGUGGAGCCCUUAUGUCGGUGACAGAUUUCACACAUAGAGCUGUUAGCUGUGACCCAUUUCUCGAAGGAAACAACUCAGGAACAUGUGACUUUAAUGCUUCGCAGCCGGUACCUUAUCCAUUGAUGCAAUUUCUGUCAGAGAACAAGGAAAUGCUGCUUUUUUAUUCAGAAUAAAGAUUGCCUCCAAAAGCUGCCCAAGCAUUUUCCCCAGGCCUAAAGAACAUUACCUCCAACCCUUAGCACCAUUUAUACAUGCCACUGUAUAAAAUAAUAUGCACAGACUAACAGACACUCUGGAUAAUACAUAAUGGUUGAAGCAGACAAAACAGAGGCAGGGAAGAGCCUUUUUUGCCCUCAUCUUCUACCAACCCAUCCCUCAGCUGCUUGCUAGAAUCUGUCCCUGGUAGCUGCCUCCAUGGGCAUGGCCAGGACUUUUGUUUGGGGGGGCAGAACAGACGUGAUUGGUCAGUUAAGUAUUUCUAUUGUUUUACUUGAUUGGGCGCGGGGGGCGGCAGGUGCCCCCCUGCCCUCCCCUUGGCUAUGCUCAUGGUGUCUGCCACUGCCAGAGCAAUCACACUGAACUCAGGAAAUCUGAAGGGUCAGUGUGGGGUAUUGUGAGUGUCAGACUAGGAUUCCGCAGAUCCUUACUCGCUGAGCUCAAACUCCCACUCAGCCAUGACAGUCGCUGGCUGACGUUUGUGGAAGGGACAUAACUCAUCAGAAGAAGGCCUUAGGAUGAAUCUCUGGCAUCUUCAGGUAGGGCUGGCAAAGGUUCUGAAACUCAUCUAUCCCACAUGUUAUUCACUUGAGGAAGACGCAAUACACACCCCCAGGCAGAUCCCACCUUGCAAGAAUGUUCAUUUCACUCUGCCCCAGUUGGCACCAGAACCCUAACGAGAAUGUUUUCGAAAGUCAUGUUUGUUCUUAAAAUUCAGCAGAAUAAUAUAUAGAUUAUCAUCAUGGCCAAGAAGGGGCAAAAGAACCUCUUACUUAGCAAUAAGAAAUAUCCUGGAUGUACACACAUGUAUAAACUUCAUUUCUCACUUGCCCCCAGCAGACAAAUUGAGAAGUGCUCGUCUUUCACUCUCAGGCAUAUGCACAGAAGGAGGGAAGAGCUGGGGCAUAGGGAUCCUCUCCUUGCAAGGGCUAGCCCAGUCGGUACAGCAUGAGACUCUUCAUCUCAAGGUCAUUGGUUCAAGCCCCAUGGUGGACAAAGGAUUCCUGCAUUGUAGCAGGUUCGACUAGAUGAUUCUCGGGAUCCCUUUCCAAAUUUAUGAAAUAAACAGGUUACUGUAAAUGGUGGGUUUUCCUUUCCUGUGGUGUCCGGCUCCUCCCCCAAUAAUUGUUUCAAAAGAUUUACAUGUAGAAUCUGCAACAAGAUGUUGCAGUGUGGACUGCUGCUGUUCACAAUUCCAGCCACUCCAUUCCAUUUCCCAUUUUGCCAUGGUUUUCCUUCCCAUGAGAAGAGCCUGCUGGAUCAGGCCAAUAGCCCAUCUAAGUCCAGCAUCCUGUUCCCUCAGUGGCCAACCAGGUGUCUGUGGGAAGCCCUCUCCCCCUCAGACAGACAGACAACCUUCCAUGGCCAACAGAGUCAGUUUGAAAAUCCUGCUGGAGGCUAAGUGCAGCCAGUACCUCUAGCCUUUCUUCACAUGAGUUGCUGUCUUAAAACUUGAUCAUCCUCAUAGAUAGAUAAAACUUUAUUCACAUUAGCCAAUGGCCAUAGAAACAGUAAAACAUUACAGUAUACGCAGAAAAGGAAAUUUGAUAUAAGAGCACAAUUUAAAGUCCUGAAUCAGCAGUCAGUUAGUGGUGAUCGUCCCAUAGCUGCUCUCAUCCUCUGCUUCAAAAUGACAAUAACCCAAAGCAUAAGCCCAGAAUCCCCUGCAGAACUCCCCCCCCCGCCCCCAUUUUAAAGUAAGAGGGCCAGGGAAAUCAACAAAGGAAACAAACUACAAAAGCUUUUCAUUCAGUUAUAUCAAACCAAUUAAUUUCAGACUCUCCAGAGAAAAUACAGCUGGGGUAAACUUCCAAAGCACAGUGGGGUGCUGACGUCAGCGUUCUCCCCUGACGUAAACAAGAGCAGUACAGCCAAAGUCUUGCGAGCUGCGGAGGUCAGUCUUAGAAUGCAAGACAAUGCUGAAGGAGUUGGCAUUAUUGAGCAGUACACGGAAUUCCUCUUCUGAUUAAAAGCACAGGAACUUAGGCAAUAGAAAUGUUAACUCCCACCCCGCUCCGUUCCUCCCUUAUAUCUGAAAGGAAGUGGGUAUAAUAUAUUAGCUAGAAACUGGGGUUUUUUGUUUUGUUUUUUAAAAAAGAGGUUCUUAGAAUUUGCACAGAAAGAUCAUGGAAUAGAAAUGACAGCUACAUGGCCCAUUUUUUAAUACCUCUUAAUGCUAAGCCAUUUGUAGUAAAAUCUGCAGUGCUUACAGCAGAAUGGAUUGUACUGCAAGGUAUAGGACUGCAGCCUUACUCAGAAAUAUUUAUUGGGGGGGUCAUGGCAGAUUUGGGGGGGAAGGCUUUUCCUUACCUGCCAACACCCAUUUUGUGUAAGAGUUGCCCCGAAAGAAUUAUAAUGGGCUGCCACACCCUAGUCAGUCCAAUUGCUUGGGGAGAUCCUGAGCCCUGCUGCCAGGGACUUCUCCCUUCAGCCAGCUUCAGGAAAAAAUAAACAAGGAGAUGAGCUUUGUAUUUACUAUACUUCCCUGAAGCCCAGAGGAAACCACUUAACAAAGAACCUUUUGAAAUGUCCCUAUGAUGCAAGGGAUAAAGUGUGUCCCAGUGGAGGAGGAAGAUAAUAAUAUUAUUAUUAUAAGAUAAUAAUAUUAUUAUUUAUGUAUACCCUGCCCGUCUGGCUGGGUUUCCCCAGCCACUCUGGGCAGCUCCCAACAGAAUAUUAAAAACACAAUAAAACAUCAAACAUUAAAAACUUCUCUAAACAGCCAGGACCGCCUACUGAACUGGCUGUAAGCAAGAAAGCAGGGGAGUGGGGCUGGCUGGCGUUGGUGGGGCUGUGCCCCAUUUACCCUAAUAGGCUAGCCUCCACAGGUACUAAGCUUCACAGCAAGUACAUAAAACCAGCUCCUUGAUGACUGACUCCGCCUAUGCCAAGUAAUUGACUUUUGGGGGUGGGGGUGGGGAGAGGAGAUGAGAAAGGUUCAAGUUGUCCAUUAGGGGGUGUUUACAGCGUGCUCAUCCUCACAGCAUCUGAACCUCUCAGUGAUCAGCAACUUGUGCUGGACAGACUCUCAGCUGGGCGAGUAGCUCACAGGAGAGGCCUGCUGCAGCUUUAAUUUGCCACACAGCAGUUCCUGACCCUCCUGAUGUUGCCUUUGUUUGUUUUCCAGGACAACUUGCUAAAGCAAAUCUGGUUGCAAAAGAAGAUGAGCACAAUCUCCCCCUCUGACACUGACCUUCAGCACCUGACCUUCAGCUCCCAGCGGCGCCUCCCCCUGCAGGUGAUGUUUACCUGUCUAGAAGCCACUUGUGCCCUAAAUUGUCUACUCAGUGCCGAAGGACAGAAAAGGCCUACUUACAAGCAGCCUCCUGAGGAGAAAGGAAAGGAAAUCAUGGCACUUGUAUUUUGUACCUAACUCCCCCCUACCCUUUAUAUUGUGGGCAUGUGAUGGGCCAUGAGUUGUCUACUGUAUGCACUUUAUUUUACUGAAUAACUAAUGAUAUUUAUAAGUUGGGUUUGCUUUGAAGAUAAUUUCAUUUAUUUUUCUCCUCACCACUGGCCAACGGAUCUACUUCCAAAACCAAGUGGCAAACUUUACAGAGUUUGGGCUGGGCUUGAGUUUUAUGGAUGUUCGGCCAGUUAGAGACAAUGAAGAAGAAACCAUUUUCUUAACAAUAAAGGUGGCUGAGGAGAUAGUAGAUCCAGCAGCCAGGAAGACUGUGUUAUGGCUUUGCACAAGUGUGGCAGAAUGAUGAGAAGGGACCAGUGGUGUCACAGGUUCCACACAACUGAUGGCUACAAGUUCAUUGAGGUUUCUCUAGAAUGCUUUCUCUCUUUAACCUUCCUGGUUUUGAACCUGUGACUAUCAUUAACUUCCUCAUUUAAUACAGGAAACAGUACUCCCUUCCUAAGUAUUUUGGCUCUAAGAGGAGGCAGCUCCUUCUCGCUGCUGCCUGUUCUCUUGGCCUCUCCCUUUGAGGCUAGAGGGAAAGUUGAUGGUCAUGUGUGUAUGAAGGAAACAGGCAAAUCGUUAUCAUUCCCAAUAGCAAAACAUCCAGACUGAACUUGAUUUUGGCUUCACAUUCGUUAUCAUUCCCAGUAGCAAAACAUCCAGACUGAACUCCUUGAUUUUGGCUUCACUCUCAAAUCAAAACAUGGUGGAAGAGAAACCAGAUGUGCAAAAACAUACGUUUGUUUGUUUGUUUGUUUCUUGUAUGUGGUUAUGUUGUAAAUGGCUGUGAUGUUAGAGCAGAGAUGAACGGAAUCCAAAAAGUAAUUUUGGCACCUCCUGUGAAAGCACUCAAAGGUUUAGUGGAUUGCAAACAGAAGUACUAGGCGGACCAGACAGCACCGAGAUAUGACCGUGCCACUUGCUGGCCUGCAGGAUUCCCUGUACCUGGGAAAUGGUAUUGCAGCAUAAUUCCAUAAAGCAGAACAAAGUUUGCAAAGCAUUGUCUCCUCACUUCUAGGAUAUGAUAGGAGCCAAUUGCACUUGAGCACUGGGGUUUUGUGAAACAAUCUAGCUACGUGUGAGAAAUGGCCGGCAGAGGCGACUCCAAGCACCAGCAGCAAAUGUCUGCAUUAUGGAUUGGCUCCCUAAAAAUGCAGUGGGCACAAUCCAGCUGAAGUUACACACCGUUGCAACUCAUUGAUUCCAAUUAUAAUGUUGAAGAAUGUGCUCAGCACUCCUCACCCAGGAAAACAACAGGACCUGAUCCCAGAUCACUUUUGAACUUGCUCAUAAGUGAUCUGGAGUAAGGGGUGAGCACGGAGAUGACCAAGUUUGCUGACAACACCAAUUUUUGUUCAAGGUAGUAAAAACAAAAAGGGAUUGCGAGGAGCUCCAGAAGAAUUUGUCUGACCUGGGUAAAUGUGCAUUAAAAUGGCAAAUCUGGUUCAAUGUAAGCAAGUGUAAAGUGAUGCAUACUGAUUGGAGGGGGGGUGGAAUUACUAACUUUACAUACGGUUUGGCAGGGCCCGAGGAAAAGGAAACUAACGAGGGGGGAAAGAUGUAAGUUAUGGUGGAUUGUGCAAUGAAGAUGUUGACCCAGUUCACAGCAGCUGUGAAAAGGUGACAUCCAUGCUGGGGACAAUUAGGGAAGGGGUUGAAAAUAAAACUGCCAGUAUUGCAGUGUCAAACUAUUUUAUGAUGGGGCCCGCUUGGAAUACUCUGCAUAGUUCUGGCCCCACAUCUCAAAGAGGAUAUUGUAGAGCUGGAAAAGGGCAACUAAAAUUAUAUUAGUGCUGAAACCCCUCCACGGAACCGGGGCUUUUAAAUUUAGUAAAAAGGAAAGUAAGGCAGGGCAGGAUAGGAUAGUUUUAUAAAAUUAUGCAUUGUGUUCAGAAAGUGGGUGUAAGUUUUUUCUCCCACUUUCAUAACACUAGAACUCAGACUCAUCCACUAAGGCAAAAUGAUGGGAGAUUCAGAACAGACAAAAGGAAGUAGAGCACAAAGUUAACCUAAGGAAUCUACUACUAGCAGAUGUGGCAACGGCAAUCAAAUUAGAUGGCUUUGAAAGGAGAAGGGAUUUAAUUUGUGACAAUUUAAUAUGAAAGAGAGAUGCCAUUAUUAUAUAAAGUAAAUUAAUAGAUUAAGUGUUAUAGAGAGCUGAAUAAUCCAGGGUGUGUGUGGAUGCUGUUUGCGUCUGAUAGGUCAGAAGAGAACGCCAUGUUGUGGGCACAGCAGUCAUAUGGGACUUAUACAACAGUGUAUCCCUGAUGCACUGGUAAGGAGUAAAACACAAUAUUAAUUCUUUCACUAGAUCGAUUCUAAAAGGUAAUGUUCAAGUGUGCAGAAUUACACACAGCUUACACCCAGUUGAAAUUCCAGCUUUCAAGGGAGCAUGCUAGACACAAGCUUUCUCUAAUUUUUGCUGGGUUAAAGAGGUAUCAGCACCAGAAAUCUGUCACAUUAGAAUUGUUCUCCCCGUGAUGCCAGCAUUCAGAAAAGACGUACCUGCUAGAACAUCCUUACCUCCAGCAGACCUAUUGUUAUUUAUGACCACUAUGUGGCUGGGGAGAGAGGUUGCAAAAGAAGGGCUCUGCAUUUUUUUUGCAAGAGAUGUCUGGACGUCCAUAGCUAUCCCGUGACCCAGUAUUUUCAGUGAAGCAAAGCAGCAUAUCUGGAGUAUGCAUGCAGAGAUAUUUGCUUGGCUUCUCAGCAACAAACUCUUACUAGCCCUAAUAGUAAUUGUGCUUUACUUCUGGCCAGAAUAAUGAGAAGCAUUGCAUUUGGUAUUGUUCAACUAGCAAAUGUGCUUUGGUUUUCCCACUUUCUCAAAUGGAAAGCACUCAGAUGGCUUCUGGAGAAUCCACAAUCUGUUCAGGAGGGGUUUGCAAUCCCCAUAGGCAGCCUGUUAGCAAGAAAGCGGAGAGUGUUGCGCAAUUAGCAUGUGCUUCAGUAAAAAUAAUAGUUUGAAUUUGUGAGAGCCAACACUGGCCUCCUUUGGAAACAAACAGAUCAAAUGAGUCAUGAUAAAUGAUUUUUAGGUUUGAAAGUUCUUAACCCGGACAGAUUUGAUUCCUAUGUCCCAUAACACUCAGCAUUGAUUGAUUUGUGAAUAUAUAUAGACACAUUACUAGAUUAUGAACUUGAAACUUUUUUAAAAAAAUAAUAAUAAUCCCACUUUUCACCAUGUAGGGCACAUGGUAUAGCUGAAAGAAAAAUAAGCACAAUCCUCAUUGAUUUUCAGUGGGACUGCAACACACAUAAAUGCUUUUUGUAUGUAUCGGUUGUUAGAAAAUGAAUUUGUUUAUAUAUUACUUAACAUAAUUUUGAGCAGGAUUUCCACCUGUUGUUCUUCUAGCAUAUUUCUGAGUCAUCUUAAUAGUGCAGUAUGGAAAACUUGAAUUGCUAGGUUGCCUUGUUGGCAAGAGAGAGAGAGAGAGAGAGAGAGAGAGAGAGAGAGAGCGCGCGAGCGAGCGCUAUUCUCAAGCCUAAUAAUAAGCUCCAUUAAGUUCCACUUAAGUUCACUUAUGGAAGAGGAACUGUUAGUCAGCCUUUUGUCGCAGAAGAUCAAAAUCAAGUAAAAUCCAGCAAAACAGUAAGACACAUAUGGGCAGGAGAAAACAAUGAAAUGUAUGAAAAGGCACUACGGGAUGGUGCCUUAUCAAAAACACUGGUCCUUCCCAAGUAUAGAAUCUUUAAGCAUACCUGCACAGUUUUAUAACAGUCUGUUGAGGCUUUCCCUGAGAAUUGUCUUAGAGAUCCUUUCUCUCUGCCCCUGCCACCAGCCCUACCAUUUAAAAACUAGCAUUCCCUUUGAAGAGAGAAUUGAUAUUAAAUCUGUUUAAGGCUACGUACACAUUAGUGGCUUAACACAGCAAGGCCAUUUCUACCCACUCACCCAAGUUAUGUUUUUACAUUGCUGUAUACAGCAGAGAGGGGGCAGGGAUGUCUUCACUCAAUGUGCAAUACCUGUUUGUUGCCCUGCACCCGCAACCCCCCUGAACGUCUCUUCAUUGAAGCUGUCAUCUGCACACGUGCAACAGCCACCUCAAACGGACACACCUCAGCUUACAUUUUCAAGUUGGAUGGAAGCUGGUUUGAAGGAACAGACAUUAGACAGCAGUAUUUCUCAAUAAACUACAGGAUACCUAUGGAUUGUGGCUAACAGCAUGUGUGCUCUGCUCCAAACACCAUCGGUGGGAACGCACUGGAGUAAAUGGAAAUGUGUCCACCGUCUAAGACUGCACUGUUAAUAGUACCGAUUGAAGGGUCUGCAUUAACUCUGCUUAUUGACAUUUUUUAAAUAUAAAAAAAACCUUGAUCCUGAUUCUUGUUUUCCAGAAUUUAAAUGUGAUGUUUGAGAGGCGAGUGAAAUGAUUACGAAAUACCGUGAUUAUUUUUGUUAAAUAAAUGUUUGAAG